GGUCACGUGGGUACGUCACUGAAGCGGAAAUGAAAGUUCAGUAGCGACAGCAGCAGCAGAGCGCAGCUGAGAAAGGUAAGGGAAAGAUUACAUUAAAACGGAAUUGGUCAUAUACUGAACUAAUUUGUCGUGUUUUGACAUGAGCCAGGCUACUACCUUAAACGCUGAACUUGUUGUCAGGUAAUGAGAAGUGUUUCUUUUAACGUGUCCUUUUGUAAAUUCUCCCUACGAAGCUUGCUUGCUAACGGUUAGCCUCUUUAGGUCAAGUUAGUCAAAAUUAACAACACCGUACCGGAAAUGAUACCACUUUCCCUAUAAAAAUAAAAGCAGAGAAACGGAAAAAUGGUAAUAAUACAUGCAGUCUAUCUUAAUUUAUGACUGUGCCAGGCAAUCUUUGCUUGUAAUUCUCUGUUUAAGUUUUCUCAAGUGUAUUGAAUAAUGUACAGUAUGUCGGGAAAUAGCUAUCUUUACCGGUUAAGAGUUGGUGUGAAAAUAAAAGUAACCGGAAGUUGAUGAUUCCUUGUUUCCACUUGACUGUGAUGCAAAGAAAUGCCUUGAUCAUCUUCCGUGUUUGUGUUUUGUGCGCAGCAGCCAAGGGUAUUAAAAUAAGAGGACAAUGAAGUCCGAUCAGCCGGGAUGUUUAUGAUCGCAUUAGUCUUCUUAAACGGGGCAGUUUUGUUGAAUAACGGACAAAAACACGGCAGCUGAGCCGGUCAGCUUAUUUGAGAAGGUUGAUGAAAGAUGCUAUGAGCCAUUGUUUUGCUUCAUCAAGGAGCUCCUUGGCAGCCCGGGGCAGAAUAAUAAGUAGUCAUUUGGCUUUCUGCUGGUCUUAGUUGUCCGUUGUUAUGUCCGAGUCAGUUCUGGAUAUGCAUCACCGUGUCUGGUUGUCCUACUGAGAGCCCAGCAGCAGUCACCUUGAUGUUGCUGCAGGUAAUGUUACUCUGAUGACAGGAUUAGACCAGUGUUAGGUUAAGGGUAUUUGCUCAUAGAGACCGAAGAACAGCGCUCAGAUUGACCUGUAUAUGUACGUUUUUUGCUGCACUCAUUGCAGCCAGCUUUAUGUCUGACUUUGUUCAAGGUGAUGUUCUUUGUGUCUACUAGCGUUAUAAGGUAUCAUUCUAUUAAUAGCUUAUAGUUUUGAUAAAUGAAUUUGCUUCUUUGUGUGUAAUGGGUGGGAACUGCAGAAUAUCUCAUGGUAUGAUAUGAUAUAAUACCAAACUCACCGGCCAUCAUAAACGUGCCACAAACAGCAAGCAUGUAAUUACUGAUAAACUGAAAUAUGAUAUUCCAUUGCAGUAUCUGAUAAAUUGAAAAAUACAGAACGCCUGUCAAAGGCACCGUGCAUGGUUAAUGUCAUUGAAGCCCACCCAAAGUAGCUAUGACAUAAUGGAAUAGCGAGUCAAACAGGAGGACAGAUCUGUUAUUGGAGCUUUUUAUACAGUCAAAAUGUCCUUAUUUGUUGCUAGCAACAUGAUGAUAACUGUACCGCACAAGUCAGGACGAAGAGAUAUUGCCCAAAUGGUAUUUCACCUCGUCCCCCUUGAUGACAGGACGUGCAUCCUCUUCACAAAACUAUUUAAGGUCAUGUAAAUUGCCAAAUACUGCAAAGAGCAGAGCCCAGUUUGGCUGUGUAAUGCAUUUUAAAUACAUUUUACCGCAUCCAGUGCAUUUCAGUCCACCUCUGACUUUGUUUAAGGUGAAUAGAUCGGAUAAGAAUCCUGGUAUUUAAGCUGCCAAUAGUUGCAACAUACCUCUAUCAUCUUUGCCAAAACACAGAUUAAUUUGUCCAAGCUGCUGUACUUGCAGAGUUUGCUCUACAUUAGGGUUGCUCUAAAUAUGACAUACAAAGACAUACAAAGAUUACAACCUAUCCUUGUCUUGACUUUUGUGACACAGUUUUUUGUAUUGCAGCCACAGAGACUAUAAAAGACAAUAUAAAAGAUAAUAAAAGACAAUGGAGGACUUAAGUGUUCACUGAAUGUGAAGCCAAAAGUUUCAGAGCUCUCUCCUUGGACUCGCUGCAGUAUAUGUCAUAAACACCAUUUUACCCCAUGUGAACAGAUGGAACAUGACUCAAACGAAAAAGAUAUAAAUACACAUACAUAAUUAUUCUCGAACACACUUCCCUUCAUUAUAGUUAGGGCCACAGGGCAAAUGCUCCGAGGGACUGGGACCCCGAUGGCACUAUUGUUAUACUGUGGAUUUUUUCUUAGUCCUCUUUAGACAAAUUUCGAUUCAAAUUUUUGCUCAGUUUUUUUUUUUAGUUGUAUAAAUAAAUAAUUGAAUCAGGAAUUUUUUUUGUUGGUGUGUUCCUCAUAUCACAAUGCAUUGACUUAAGUUUUCUGCACAGUUCACAUGACAGGCAUACAUGAUGACACAGUUGUACCACAAAACUGAGUGGGAGCACGUCUCCAGUCACUAUUCACAUUAUUAGCAGGCUAAUGUUCUCCACUCUGGUUACCAUCACACCAGCGUCAAAUCUCUUUGCUGUCUUCUCCCAGUGAUUUAAGCGCAUGUAGUUACUCAGGCAUCAAACUAGUUUAACACUGCAUAUCUUGAACAGAGUGUUGCUCCUUCCCUAUUUGACAAAAUACUUCCAACGCCACUUUUCCUGGUCAUGGUUGACAUGGUGCAUGUACCUGUAAGCUAACUGAGUUACAGUACUUUAUCUGAGAACAACACAUGUGAGAGUAGUGUAACGAUACUCAAGUUAUGAUGGUAACAACAAGUACUCGAUUACUUAAGUAGUUGUCCCCACCCUUAGUUGUUGGUGUCUUCCUUGUUUUCCUUUUGUUAUCAUUUUUGUCGCUUAGAGGUGGAUGUACUUUUAACUGGGACACUUGACGGUAGUCCAGUUAAAUUAUCUAUUUAAGCUAAACCACAGCUUGACUUUUCUGUGUAUUUAAAUGCAUUAAUAUCUGCUUAGAUCAACCCAUAAAUCUGUUCUGCUGUGGACUGAACAUAUGUGAGGGAUUGUUGACGUUUGUAAAUGACAUGAUUGAUUAGUGGAAAGAGUGGGAUGUCAGACCUGCAGCCCAACCAGUGACGUUGCUCCUGUGCAUGCUCUGGCUCCACCAACACUGUCUGUCAGCACCUGUUGAGGUAGUCUUUCUGCUUCACAAUGGGCACCUUGUCUUUUCUAUACAGUCAACAGCACCACACAGUUUUCUGCGGUUUAAAUUUUAAUAUGGGGCGUUAAUGACAUUAUUCCUGCACUUUACCUCCCUAAUUAAUUAGACAUGAUUCUUUUAUAUUAUCAUGUGAACUAUUUGCACAGAUACAUUAUGGUUGCCACAGGGUAUCUGGUAACCUCACUGUACAUUGAGUUACUUUGGCAAGUUGUGAUGAAGUAGCCAUAUACUGUAGUAAUAAAUUGUCUCUGUUUGUGUUUGUGUUUCAGAGCUGUGAGGUCAUGGCAGCUGCCAGUGUGAGCAGACCUGGCAGUGCCCAGACCACGGAAAAGUCUCAGCUGAUCUUGAAAGGUAAUUUUCUGUUUCUGUCACCUCGUCUUGUUCUCCAGUAAAGAUCGAAUGAUGUUUUCAAGUAUUGGGACAUGCACUCAGAAUGAAGCCACCAUUUCUGACUCUCCAUCACACCAAAAAAAAAAAAAAGAAUGAAACAUAUUUGGUCACUAUGACACAAAAUUGACAAUAUUCGCAUGUUUACCACUAAUUACUGAUUGCAUUUGUAUAGAUUUUUAUUCAAGUUAAAAAAAAAGUCCAAAGUUCAUAUUUUUUAGACAAGAAUUAUUGAUGCUUGAAAUGAGCAAGCUGCGCUCUAACACUUAAUUAGCGCUCUCUAUACAAGCCCAGAAAGUCUUUGUUGGAUGUUUAACCAACCUUUGACUCCAACAGUGACUGUCUUUUACUUUGAAAGGACUUUGUGUUGCUCUUGUAAAAGGAUGAUAAAUGUUCCUGACAUUCACAUUCUGGUUUUCUAUUGUGUAAUUCAUUAUUCAGCAUGCUAACAGCACAAAUGAUCAAAGAGGGUGUAAACAGUCCUUCAUCCCAGAAUAAUAGGGGUGUAACCAUCCAAGAAAUAUUCAGCUUGUUGUGGCUCUUGGUUUGAAAUCUCAGUUUUGUAAAUUGUCGGCACAGUAAGAGAGUCACAAAGAAAAUGUAUUUUCCUUGUUUAUUGUCGAACUUGUAGAACUUGUACACACGUUGUCUCAUGUGCAGCAUGAACAGCCGACCAUGCAGUAAACCUGAUUAGAUUAAAAAAAUGUUGCAUUAAAAAAUAUUAAUAAAAAACAAUUAAAACAGAAUAAACAAUAGACUAAUGCAGUGGUUCUCAAGUCCAGUCCUCGAGUCCCACUGUCCUGCAUGUUUUGGAUUUUUCCCUGCUCUAACACACCUGAUUCAAACGAUUAGCUCGUUAUCAAGCUCUUAAUAACGAGCUAAUCAUUUGAAUCAGGUGUGUUGGAGCAGGGAAACAUCCAAAACAUGCAGGACAGUGGGCCUCGAGGACUGGACUUGAGAACCACUGGACUAAUGCAUACACCCGCUAAGCACUGAGGCAGGCAGAUUUUCUAUUCGAUAAGUGAAUUAUAGAGGUUUGACUUUGAUCGAUAUUGAUAUCACAGUUCUUAAGACUCGUCCCUGCAUCUUAAUAUGAAUCCGAACGAUAUUGCUCACAUUUUAGCCCUCUAGUCAUUAGCUUGGUUGCACACAUGCAUGCUGAUAAUUGCUACAGCCUCCAUCUCAUGCUCAUUCAGACCCACACGUUGACACACACCUGCCUUCUCUCAUUCCUUACCCUCCUCUCUCCACCUGUGGCUGCUUGUACCACUGUUGCAAAACGUGUUGAAGAUACAAUGAUCUCAGCAGUACGUGCAACUCCCCCAUUCUCUCAAAUGUUGUUCCACAUUGAUCCAAGCUGCUUCUGGUAAUGUGAGAGUGAGAGCCGGUUGAGGAGAGGGGCAGAAUCAUUUUUCAGUCUUCAUUAUUAUUGAUUUAUGAUUGUAGAGGGCCAUAAUCAUUAUUAAAGUCCAAUUAAUUACCCAGCUCUAACCUGAAUUAUCACCAAAUCAUAUAGCCGUAGUAUUUUAUAGCUGCAUGGUUGAAAAUGCUUAAUUAUAUUGUGUUUGGUUUUGUUAAAGUAGGAUCUGUCAAAAACAAAAACAAGAAGAGUCAGAAGGAUCUAGAGCUGUGUUUUACAGCUGUGUUUUGGCUGCCUGAGUUUCCUUAUCUUUAAAAGGCCACCAGAUUAUGAAACCCACUCUUUUGAUAACCACGCUUUCAUUGAUUGCUUAACUAGGGGAAGUACUAGCGAUGUCCCAGUGAUAUCGGUCUGAUAUCAGCAAAAAAAUGAGUAACAGAUAACAUCGGCCUGCAUCUAAAACCUUAGAUACAAGCACUCUGAUACAAGCUGGCCAUUCCAGAAGUAAAAAAGUUGUACUGGGGCACCCCUAGAAAGUACCUCAGUGUGAAGUCUCUGUCGUAUCUGUGUGACCACUGUCCACAGACACAGGCCAUGGUGAAACCAGAACUCAAGCUAUGAUGUAUAAACCACAACAUGUCACCACAGCUGCAUAAACAAAAAGUCUGGUUCAUUUUUAAAACAUUGAUUGAACUCUUAUUAGAAGCCAUGGGUAACUCUUAAUGUGCACACAGUGUGAAGUUAAACUAACCUCUGCUGUGUAAGAUCUCUCACUUUUACUCAUGUCCAUGUCUCAGCAUAAAGCACCACUACUACAUUUAAAACUUUGCUUUUAUCUCCUUAAAUCUGUGUGUUUUGACCAGGUCAAAGCAGGUCAGAGGAGUUGGUGACCUGUUUUUCUGUUGUACUUCUUCUUCGCAUCGAGUUUUAUUUCACUCACAGUUACUGACCUUCAACAUCUGAUUCCCACCUUCUCAUUGACCUCACUGCUGAUUCUCUCUCGACCUCUGUCUGCCUGUUCCCCUCGUCCUCUCACUCUGCAGGAACUCAUUUUAUUUCUGCUGAUUCUGGCACUCUUCCAUCUCCCCGUGCCACUUACUCCUCCUCUUCAGAGGGCUGCCGAUGAGUCACUUUUGUUGCCAGAUGUUCAGGAGUUCAGAGUUCGUCAUCCUGACUCAGGCUGCUUAGAUCUACUAAUGUCUCGUCUGUGAUAGCAGACAGACAGAAGCUUUUACUCUCUGUCAUUAUUCAUUUAUCCAGCGCCCCAUCUAGAUAGGAUUCAGCCUGCAAAACACUGCCAGGCUGAGUGCUAUGGUGGCCCACAGGGCUCAAGACAACUCAUGCAAAUGCACAAUCCAAAAAAGCACCUUCAGCAGUACAAAACAGUGUCCCACAUCGAUGAAACAUAUACACAACACAAACUUACUCUGACACCAUAGUUUCACAUUUUGCCAUUUCCUAUUUUCCUAUUUAAAGUGUCUAUCAGAGCCAUCAUAACAUUUUCUUUAAGUUUGCAGUCAAGCUGUGAUUCAGCCAACAAGUCAAGUCCUAGAUGAUUGACUCUUUCUGAAACGAAAAGAUUCUCAGCAGGCCUACAAAAAUUCUAAGCCAUUAAGCCUGUCUAAGCUACUGCAGACUUUUAACCACAGUCACAGAGGUUCAGAAGAUUCUGUGAAAUAUUGUGAAAUGUACAUCAAGAGUUUUAUAAAUCCUCUGUGUCUCUUAGGCAUAGUUCAUUCGGGGAGAAGAAAAAGUUUCAUUUCGCACAGUUAUAACCCACCGGCCAUUUCACGGUCAUUAAUGUGGUCUGAAUGUCUUAAACUCAAAGAUUAAAGAGCAUUGUUAAAAUGGCAGAAAGUAUCUGAUCUACUAAGUCAGAGUCUAAAAAUUCUUGUACAGUUCCCAAAGGUUCGCAGUAUCAACACUUCCUUCCUGUGUGUCCACACAGUAGUCUUUCAGCAGUUUUUUUUUCUUCUUAACCCUCAGUCUGGAUUGUGACCAUUUAGGGAUUUUCCUCUGGCCAGUUUCAUUUAAAUAAAUAGAGAUGUGACUGCAGGUAGUUUUUACCUUCCACUAGAGGGCAAUAUUUAAAUUAUUUUGUUUGCUUGUACCCACAACUAGUACACUAACAGUUUAUAACAUAACAGUAUAGCACCAUAGUGAUCACAGGCUGAUUUGGGUGGGAGCAGGUUUAUUUGUUAUAAAGGACAAUAAUAUGAGUUGUACAGUUGGUCAAAAUUCUUGCUGAUAUUGGCAAUAAUAAUAUUAAUGAAUUAAAAUAAAAAGAAAUUACAGUUUGGAGAAAAGUUGCUAUCUAGUAAUCUUUUGGGGAUAAACUGUAUUUUGGACGUGAUUGAAAACAAUCAACAACCUGUAUUGUUGUAAAAAAAAAAAGAGCUUGAGUCAUGGAAGAUGUCGCUUUGCCUUUAAAAGAGGUUUUUAACAAAGUUGCUUUAUUUGUCAAACCCUGUUUACAAUAUAUGUAAAUAAAUUUUUUAAGUUUCGGUUCAGAUAUUUCUCUUUGAGUUGCCUUUUAGCAUCUGUUUUACUUUUAAAUUUCACUGGAUCCACCAAGCCAAAGAAAAUAAAUAUCCUGCAGCCGCCCUCAGGCUGUAAUCAUCACAUAAACAAAAAACACACAAGAGUCAAUGACAGAGAAAAGUGGCAGACUGUCAGAUCUUUUUAUUUUCUGUAAACGUAAGGACUCCAUAAACAACUGAAGAUUUCAAAACGGAAUUUGAAAUUGACAUGUAAAAAUGCAUCACACUGUACUCAUCCUGACACUAAUGCAACUUCAACGCUAAUGAUUUGUCCUUUGCAGCACAUAAUCCAGUCUCACAUAAUGAGUAUCUUAAAUUCUUUGGUGUCCCGUUAAAAAUGUUUUCCUUAUUUUUGUUUGUGUCUGUUUAUUCAGUGGUUUCAGCGAAGCCCCAGUCUCCCAAAGUACCGAACCGUCACUCCCGGCUCAGCUCUUUUGUGGAGGUGACUGCUGACGGCCUGACCAGUGAAACUAAAAAAACAGGCAAACGCAGCGGACACCUGGAGCUGCAGUGGAACGAAGAUCUUACCCUGUGAGAACAAACGAACACAAACACAUGUCUUGUCUUUUUUUUUACAUUCAUUCUUCAUUGUCUGGAAAUUGUUCAGACAUGUCUACUCCACAAAUCUGAUGUUUUAUUCAUGUUGUGAGUGAAAGUUGUUGGCUUAUAACUGCAGCCCAACAAGCAGUUGCUCAAAAGAAAAUAAUUGGAAAAGAGUUAUUUAGGAGGGAAAAAUGACACCAAAUUACAUCUGCAUCCUUCAGCUUCUUAGGCUUUUCAGCAGAAUAGACACUCAGGACAUUUAGAUGAAACUAUCUUAUUAUUUUGUUUCUUUUCUUGUUUUGACUGAUAUACGUAUAAAGUGAUUAAAGGAGAAAAACAAGAUUUAAUGUGUGCAUAAUAAAAUGUAUUAUCUAUUUGCCAGUAAUGUGACGCCACAGAGUCGUCUGGAUCUGAAGCUGUGGAGCUGCCACACCCUGAGAAAGGAGCUCCUGGGCAGCGCCACCAUCGACCUGCUGGACACACUGCGAACCCAUGAUGGCAAGAGUAAGGAUAUGCACCUAUAAGGAAAAAAAAUCUAAUAUGUCUACAUGUCUUUCCACAGUGUUUACCAAAGUAUAACCUCUACAUAUAAACAGCAGAUGGAGAUAACGCUUCCACCACCUACAAGCAUACAUGAAUUUACAGGAAACGUGAUACAGAUACAUUUUUUGUCCAAAAAAGGAAAGCAAAGAGAAGGUUUGUGAGACGAAAACAGACAAAAGAGAAAAACAAGUUUGUCCUGUGUGGCUAAGGAAGGUGUUUUUCUCUAAAGCUCUGCAGGCGAUACUGGAUCUGUCUCUACACAUGAGUCAGACAGAGACAGAAAACUAAAGUUGUGUUGAAAAGUUUUCUUCAAACUCCGAGUUCACUUUUAACAAAGAGUUUUCAAAAUGCUUUGAAGUUCACAUUAACAUCAAGAAGUUUUCACUAAUGGUCAGGGUGACGUGAUAAUAGUUUAUAUAUUCUGAUAACAGCAGUGAGGUGAACAUUGAGCUCCAUUUCUUUAUAGUUUAGUAAGGUACACUUCUAAAUAUGUAUUUAUCAUCAAAUGAUGAACACAUGAUGACAGAGUUAGAUUUUAAUGACUAACUUUGUAAAUUAGCAGGUAUGGAACCCUGUAUUGGAUUAAGUGGAUUAUACUGUAUGGUGCAGAUUACAAAGGACAGGAAAUCCUUCGAGACGAGAGGAGGCUGCAGUUCUCAGCCGCUUUCAGAGGAGCCUUCAUGUCCUUCGUGUUUUAAAAAAUACAUUGACAGAUACUUUUUGAUUUGAGGAGCCCUCUAGAAAUGGUCCACAUGCAGUCUUUACCUUGACAGUUUGGACAUUGAGUUUCUUUGUUGCUGGUCGUUUACAAAAAGUUUCCUGGAUAAGUUCAACAGAAUGGAGGGUCGGAUCAUAAACAUUCAUUAUCGAAUAACUUCAUGCAGGGAGAACUUUCUGGUCCUUCACUCUGUGGAUGUUGGGUCCUGUUAAAAUGUAGUCCUGAUUGUACAUCCUUUAUUGCUCAGAACAUUGACCUUGUUUGUGUCCUACCUGAAAGCAAAGUAUAUUUUUUGCACAGAAUAAAUGCAGAAAAAUUCAAAGAGGCAAACUCUGAAAAACCUGUUUCUGUACUUCUCCCACCUAAUAGUUUUCUUUAAAGAUGAAAACUCAUGAAAAAAGAAGUGUAAAUGACUUGUUCGUAGCUUGGCUAAUCCUGUGUCAGGGGACAUUACGCAAUGUGGAGUAAUACCGUAAGGGGGCUUUUGCAUUAGCCUGCUUAUUUUCAUUUCCCAUCAUGCUUCAUGCUAAUUUAGAGAUGUCCAUUACCUAGUAUUCUGAGGCUCUAGGAGUUUGGAAACAGAGAUUUUAAAUAUGAUCACUGGAAUUUAAUUUUACUUGAAUAAUGUCAGUGUUUCCCACGGGACAGGAAUUUAUUUGUGGCGGUGUGUGAUUUGGUAGACGACAACUUGCUAAUACAUGCUGCACACACAGGGGGCAUGCCCCCUGUGUGUGCAGCAUAUACAGAUAGAUACUGAGUCCAAGGUAGCGCCACAUAAAAAACCCUCAUUUUAAAGGUGUGGUGGCUUUUAUUUUGCCAUGGCGUUGCGCCACGAUCAGUUACAUGUAGGGAAAACCCUGAAUGUACAGUCGUGCAGUUUUUGAUCAUACAAUCAAUUCAAUCCAUUCAAGCAUCCAGUGUGAUCUCUGACAGUUUCCUUUAUUUAGUGAUGUGCACAUUUUGCAUAUAUGCACAACUUUUUCAGUUUGCAGUUAUCUGUUUCUGGAUUGUUUUGAAAUGUGUCAUUUGCAUUAAAUCUAAAUUGAUGAUGUUUUUCUAAAUACAAAAAUAUCAGUUUCAUCAUGUGAUGCGUUGUCUUUGCAGUCUUUGCACUGAAAUAUCGGCUUUAAAUGAUUUGCAGACUAUAAAGUACUGUCUUCUCCAACUUUUAGGUUUUUUGAAGCUUUUUUUUUAACUAGGGCUGUAUUAUGUCAGUCCACUCAUUAUUAGUGGGUGGCUCAGGUAUGAGGCACUUGUGUGACAAAUAUUCACCUCUUGACACAUAGGUGGUACCUCUGCUUCUGGAGGACCCUGAAUGCAGCAUCAAAACAGAUAAAAACUCAGCCCCUCAGCUCUGUUGUUUAGACCAAUCCAACCGCUCAUUGACUUUUCCUGUAAUUAUAAAGAUGGACAGCUAGUUGACGCACUACUGACAAUCACUGUGAAAGAUAUAACAAUGCGGGUUCACACAGUUUUCCCAUUUUGUAGCAUCAGUAGAGGAUGUCUGAUUUCCUCACUGUGACUCAACCUUUCUCCUUCUCCUCACCACCUUUCAUCAUCUACCUUCUUCACCACUCAUCCUCUCUGUCGUCCUUCCUCCCCCCUCUAGUGGAGAACGUCCAGUUGAGUCUGGUGCUGCAGACGGAGAACAAAGGCUCGGUUGUAGCAGGAGGAGAGCUCAACGUCUGUCUGGACGGCAUGGUUGUUGAUUUGGGCUCGCUGCCCAAUGGCAGCACAGCAGCAGACAGUGAGUCCUACCUUACCCUACACACACGCACACACACAUUCACACAAAAAGUGGAGGCAGUGGCAGAGAAAUUUACAUUGAAGCCACUAGAGUAGCAUUUAAGCUUGGGACAUUUUGCACAGUGACAUAUUUAUAGAUGUUUUAUGGGAAAGGAGGAGCCUGCACUUUAAUGAAGUAAUAAAAGAUAAAGAGCAAUUGUUGCUGUGGGGGUUUUCUCUGCAGAAUUGAAUGAAAAGAUUUAAAAGGGAGUGUGAACAUCAGUUAGAUGACUCAGGAUUGGUCGGCUAUCAGUAGGCAGGCCCUGUCAAAAAUGUAGAAGAGGGUUAAAGGUGCCAGUUAGACGUGGUCAGAAAUUUCAUCUGAAUUGUGGCGUCAUCCUUAAAAUAUGUUACAGUUUGGUGUCAGAGCAAAUGAUAUCUGCAACAAAUACAAAAUACUUCACCAUCUUGGGCGUUAUUCAAUACAGUAUUCUGUAAAUGAUUUCGACAAACACAGAAGUGGGAAGCGAAGUUUAAAAUCAAGAGUAAUUUUUCAGUUUAGUCAAGUCCUGGAAAGAAACACCGUUCUCACCCAUCUGCAUGGAAAUAUUUCAGUGAACAUGUGCACAGUGUUUUCCCACAGACAUCCAGACAGCCUAUUAGUGCAGAAUACACCACAGUAUUAAACUAGCUCUCCUCCUCUCAUUCUUUCCUUUCCUGUCUUUUAAAUGUUCGCUGACAUUGCCAACAACCACAGAUACACACACACAUAUGUGCUCGCAUCUGUUUGUUUAGUCAGAUACUUAAAAGUUGCACCCCUCUUGUAAGUGUGUUUGCCCGGUUUAUUUAGUACAUGGCAACUUUCCAAAGCCACCCUCACUCACAUACUUUACAUUAAACAGGAUUUGUUGUGGGGAUGCAGUAUCUCAUGAUUUUCUUUGAUUGAUCUUUGAUCAGUGAAUAAUUCCUUGUUGGAGAAUGAUCAUAUUUUUCAAUGAUUAAAAAAAAAAAUAGCUAAGUGCCCCCUUUGCCCCCCAAAUCCUUUAUUUUCCACUGCGAUGUAUGGAUGUAACUGUACUGCAUGCCGACAGAACAAAAAGAGGCAUAAACAUUGUGUAACACGCUGAAUAUCAACACCAAGAUCACAGAACAGAAAUAUACUCCAGAUUAAUAGUGUCCACUUUUCUGCUUACUUGUUCUCACUAUGAAAAAUAAGCACGUAUACUUUGUUGUCAGUCUGACAAGAGUAUAAAUGGGUCAUAGUCAGUCUGACAGCAGAAAUACAUGCUCAGAAGACACCAAUGUUGCUGGUAUGCAGAGAUACUGAUGUUUCAGCAUUGCCAGUCAGGGAAAUUUCUCUGCAUUGACUCUCUACCAGUCUGUAUCUGAAGAUGGUUUAGUGUCCAGUAAAAUGUUCUGGGCCUCUGUGUCCACGUUUCCGCUAAAAAGGCACAAAGCCUUUGUUGGUUUGCAAUGAAACACACUUUAACUAUGAAGUCCACCCUGGAAGUCGAACAUAAUAGACCACCAUAUGCUGUUUAUCACUACCUGAUAGAAAAUCAAACAGACAAAGCACGUUCAAGCAUGUUCUUACAUGCAGUUACUAGCUACUCAGUUAACUGUUAACCCUUCCUAAUUUGUGCCCAUAGAAUUGUUUGGUAUUUGUUAGGUGUAAAAAGGGAUUUGUGUCAUUUUUUGUGAAUUGAUGACAUGAUUUUGUACAGUAGAAAAAGCUCAUUGGUUUAUUUAAAUCAAAACCAUAUGGGAUUUCAUGAUGUAGAUAUAUUAUCUCUCUCUCUCUCCCUCUCUCUCUCUCUAUAUAUAUAUAUAUACUGUAUAUAUUUCCUCACUUUCUUUCCCUCCAGUGUGACAAAAGGAGCAAAGGAGGUAAAGGGUUUAAAGCAGAUAAACUGUUAACAUCACACCGGGUCAUCCCAACCUCAGUCCGAAAUUUUACUUAGGAGCUAGCAGGAAAUCAAGACAACAUCAGGGGGAAAGAUUCAACCUUCUCCAUUCACUCAUGCAGAUCGCUUGGAUAAAGUCUGGAAAAUUCCCAGAGUUUGUGCAUGUGUGAAAGGGGCUUAAGUCAACAAAGUCAGCAGGACUUGUGUAAUGUUUGUUUUUCUUCUGGAAAAGAGUCAUGUGUUGAGCUGUGACAAAACGGAGGAGGACAUGUUGUGACUUACAUGACCCAACGAGCAAGUGAAUGUUCGUGUUUUUGUCAUCGCUUACAGGGGUCUUACCUUCUGAUUUGCAAUCCCAGGGUGUUGUAAUGGUCUCUGUUGAUGGGGCUUUAAAUGGGAAGUAAUGCAGACACAGUUUCAUGAAUACGUAUUAUAGUGAUUUUGAUUAUUGCAUACUGCUCUGCGUCUCAUUUCUUCUCUUUCAUUAAAAAAUUAAAGAAACCCAAAAAAUCCCUCUGUGCAAGUACUCAGUGAUGGUGUCAGAGAAACAUUUUCUUUGUGGUAGAUUAAAAAGGCAAAUGGCCGUAUGUUAUGACAGAAAAAGUCACACUUGAUAGAAAUCGAACCAAGUUUAAUGUAAGGCCAAGGGCUUGUCCCUUUGUAUAUUUGUUGAAGCACAGCCUAAGAACAGUCAAGAGUUAGAAAAAAAGGUCAUAAAGUGUAUCAGAACUUUGCCGUUUUUUAUGGAUAGCAUGUAAAGAGUAGUGUUCCACUGAACGUAAUUUAAUACCAGGAGCCAAGUGUUUGACUACACUUUUGCUCCCACAUCAGCCUCCACUGUCUUGUAUAACUGAACUUAAACCUCUGAUGUAAAAGAACUAACCUUCAUGUGCAUAUGUUACUGCUCCCAAACCAGUAAAAAACCCUUCCAGAGUCCUCAGAGGAAGGAUUUCAAACCCUCCACAGGUUUAUUGACUCUUAGUCAACAGUGUUUCCCGCUUCCAGGCGCUAACAUUUUACUUUCCUUUAUGGUUUGGAAUACUUGCUGUCCUCCAACAAACACACAGUUAUUAAGCUCCUCUUUAAAACCAAAGCUCCGUCCAUGCAUCCAUCUCAUUUGUAUCUGUCACACACACACACACAUACACAGAAGCACACAUCCACACAUACAGAAAAGACUUUUCAUAGCGUGCCACACAGAGUCUACAGUGUCUUUUGCUGAAUGAACACAGAGCCAGCAGUUAAGGCCGAGGCCAGCCUGCACGGGGCUUUAUAAAUGUGUCUCAUUGUGACUGUUCAAUGUGAAGAGGCUGUUUGAAGGCUGUUUUUGUUUAUGUGUGUGCGCUGUUGUACCACACGUUUUAACAAGAACAGCAAAAUUAGAAGAUUUUAUUAGAAAGGGAGGGUCAUGUCCUCACUCAUAAAAACAGCUUGUCAGGGAAGGGCGCCAAGGUUUUCAGGCACUUGUGUAAUGGACCAUCGAGAAUCUUUAUUUACAGGCCAAAGUAUAUUUCUGGUGGCCUUGAACACAUCUUUAACUGAGGCUUCCAUGAAUAAAAAGACACUUAGAAAUAGAUAUUUGAUUCUACUAUGAGUGAUCAGAGUACACAGGAUGACAGGUCUUCAGAUGUAAAGUGAAAUUGGAGUUGGGGUGCAGUAUCUUCACAGGUAGAUCUCACAUCAGGGCCUACUGGCAUAACUCUUAACUAAAAUUAUUGCUCAAGUGUCAACAGGCUAAAUGUACUUGAUAUGUGUGAUAUAUGAUUAAAGCUAUUAAAGCUAGUGCUGUACGAUUUUGGUAAAAUACUACAAUUGAGAUUCGUAGAAAGUUGAUUAGUUGAUCCAGAUUGGCUUUGUUGCCAUGUACCACUGCAACUUUUAUUUUGAAAGUUUUGCACAGCACUUUUUUUUCCUGUUCAACCUCAACAUAACUGAGUCCAAAAUGUUUCCAUAAAGCAGAUGUUGAAUUUUUUCUCAUGCCACCGGUGCCGAGUUGACUUGCUCAUGAUGCUCGUACUCGUCGUAACUCUGCGCUCUGUGCAUUGGAUAGUCAUGUGACCAAAAACAUGCCGUCCAUGCUAAACAAUCAAGGAUUACAGACACUUAUGCACAAUUAUUUAAGCACUUAUCACAGCCUUUUGAUGAGUUAUAUAGUUGCACAUUCUCACACAGUGAUUAUGACUGUAGUCAAUCUUGCGGCAAAAAUUAAAGUAGGAGAUGACUCAGGCCGCUGCUGACUGCAGUUGAUAAGUCAGUCAGCGAGAGGCUGAGCUCACAAACAAAUGCGGUGACUUUGUUAUUAUGUAGCAGUUUUACUCGCUUCUUGUCUUUUUGUUUAGACAAAAACAAAUAAAGCUGGAUCCAGCCUGAAGUACGAUCGUUUUGGACAUGAGGAAGUCAUUGUAGUGAAAGGCAUGUCCUCACAAUGCAGUUAAACAAAGCAAGGUCUGUAACGUGUGUGCAGGUUAAAGGUCUCCAUAAAAUGGAUUGAGUGCUCCCCCAUGUUUUCUUUGAAUAGCUUUUUUUUUAAGUUGUCUUUAAACUCUGGAGACAUACUCACACACACAUACACACACACACUCACACACACACAUAAUCACUGACAUCAGGGGCGCUUUCGUCUAAUUUGUUUCUGAGAAUUGCGUAAUUGAGCCUCAUUGCUUGCAGCUCAGCAGCACAAUCGCCUCCUGUGAUCCUGAGGCCGUAUGUAUGGUAGUGAGGAGGGGGUUUCCUCUCCUGGUUUACAAGGGCAGGAAAGACAGGUCAUAUGUGUAUGUACAUGAGUGUGUUUGUGCGGGGAGGAGAUGUGAGUGAACAGAGGGCCAAAGUUUGCCCUCAAAAACCAGGUUUUAUGCAGGAGCACCUCAGUCUGUGUGUGCUUUUUUUUUUCUUUUUUUUUUUUCAAUUUUGUGUGGAUGGAGUUGUGUGUAUUUAGCUUGUGUGUAUGAAUGGUUGUACAUGUGUUUUACAUUCUGCAGUGUGUGUGUGUGUGUGUAUACACACGAGCAUGUGUGGGUUACCUGAAUAUAUAAAGCGUAUAAAGGUGGAAGUGUACUGCCUUUCUGCUGGUGUCAAGGCGCUCUAUGUUCUCGCUCUGAAGGCACCUCUGUUAGCUCGGAGGUUUUACUCAUUUCCCCUGGCAGCUUUUCAGACACACACACACACACACAAACACGCACUCACACAGCCCGUAGUAGACUUUAUAGAAAAACCCUUGUAUUGAAAGCUGUACAGAAACAGAAUCCAGAACAGAAAGAUAUAACUUUAUGGAUGUCUCCACACUUUAAGGAUAGAUGCUCCAAAAAUAUCCAGCUUCCCAUCCUAUAGAAUAUUUUUGAAAGUUGAAUAUCCAAAAAUAAAAUUUACAUUGUUACCUUUCUUGUGCGUGAAGGGCAGUCAUAGGAGUUGCAACUUAACUAACGAUGAUGACAGAAACGUGUGAAAUGACGUGGGAUAUAGGAGUGUUACAGAGCUGGUUGAGUGUGAUAAACCAAUAGAGAAGUUACAGGGAAGAGAAGCUGCAGUUAAUUUCUACUAUAAUUAAUGCGGGCAGAAGAAAUACUAGUAUUAGGGGAAAUUACCGUUAGCAGGCUGAUGCUGGGAAGUUUGUCAUUUAUUUGACCCACAAGUAGGCUGAUAACUAUACCACUGCUUUGAAAACUCAACCAUUAAAUCUAAGGGACAGUUUUUUUUUCAGCUGCAUAAAUAAAUCCUUUUCAAAUUAUUCUUCAAUCAUCUUUCAUUUUACACUAAGUGUAAGUUAUUUGUAUCUUUCGUUGAAGGCCAGGUAUUGGACAGUGUGUAGUGAGUGGGGCUUAAUCCAUAAAAGACCCCUGAAAGGUGUGACAAGACCUUGAGACAAAGCACCUCGUCUUGCCCCGUCGGGAUCAACCCUAGUAUAACGGUCAUUGUCUUGUUCAAGCUGAAAAUGUUAGAAAUAAAUAGGAUUUAGCUUUCAAACAUGAUGUGAGUCACUAAGUGCAGAAAUCUGUGACCCUUUUUGGUUGCAUGUAACUGGCACCUGAGAGCAGCUGUGCACCAUCAUCUAUAACAGCAGUCAGAGAAUGAAUUUUUCCUUAAAACAAAGUUACAGAUUUUUUUCAUUAAAGUCUUUCUGUACUUUGAUUUUGGCCACUGUAGUUUUUUAUUUAAUUGUAAUUUUUUUUUCUCUCAUUUUAUCUCAGUGUGCAAGAAAGAGCAUGAGAUUCCACAACAAUGUUACGAUUCCCUAUAUUAACUUGUAAUGUAAUGGCUAAAUACACGAAAAUACGCUAAUACAGACAUUCACAGAAGAACUGUACUAGACCUUUACCAUUAAAGGGUGGGGUGAUGAACUCAGUAAGUGGGCCAUGACACAAUGGUUUCUCCUCAAGAUCUGUUUAUUUUCAUGCAUGUCCAUGAGGUCGAAAAACAAGAAGCCCUUUCAAAGCUGCAAAACAGGACUGCGUAUAUGUGGAUGUGUGUGUGUGUGUGUGUGCUCGUGUGAGACAGAGAUCACCUGUUUGCCUUACUGUAGAUAGCAGGAUAUAUAUUAUCUGUGUAAAUAUGGAUGCUGUGUUUGCGCCCAACAUGCCUCCAGUGUGAGUGCUGUACAUAGAAGAAGGUGUUGUAUUUGUGUGUGUAAAGGAGAAAGUGAGUGUUAAUGAAAAGCAUGUUAUAGGUUUGUGGUUUUCAGUCACAGUUGGGAAUGAGUAUAUAGUCACACAUUCCCUCACAUCACCACAACCGCAUACGCACACACACACACACACACACACACACACACACACACACACUACGUAGUACGCACAAGGACAAACUGUUUCUGUUAAACCACUAACUGUACUUCCAUUGCUGCAUGUUUUAAGUCUAAAUGGAUUUGACUUUUAAGAAGAUUUUUCAAGAACACAUUCGCCUUCUUCUAACUAUGAGAACUUUUUAAGCUGUGUCGCGUUGGACUUUUGGCCCUAAAGCUGAGAAAGAGCAAGAAAGAGGGGGCACAUGGUGCUGACACAGUGAGUAGUAGCUGAGCGAGGGAAGAGAGGAGGGAGAGUUUACAGAGAAGUGAGUGAGUAACUUUCGUUUGUGUGGAAGACAUCAAGUUUAAAGGUACACAUUUGCUGACGUGAUGCAGCCUCUCCUCUUAAGUUAAACAGAGCCUGAUUAUUUGUGUACAGGUGUGAUGGUGUAUUAUGAUAUAAAAGCAAAUUAUUCAUGCAAAAUUGAACGUAGGAUAGUCACUGAAAAGAAAGUGUGAUUGCUGUGGUUUGUCAAUGUCAUGAUUGUCUGAUCAGCAAGUAAAGUUGUGUUGUGCACCUUUCUGUGUCCUAAAUCUACAUAAAAGGAUGUUGUCUUUCAUGCAUUUUCAAGUUUCAUCAAUGAUUUGUCGAUUCAGUCUUUCUUUCCAGUGCCUCUCUAUACAUUUGUGUUUCAUAUUCAGUUGUUUCUUAAAUAGACGGUGUUCUGCCUUUAUAAGCUUUAUUCGUCUUUAGUUCAAGAAAACCAUCAACUUCAUAAACGUUGGUAUUUCUGCAUCUUUACAUUCACAUGCAUUUUCUCCCACAGGCCUGUAAAAAUGAACACCCAAGUGACGUGCAUAUGGUUUAGAUUUAAAACAUGGGCUGGUAGUUAUUAUUAGCUUUGGUCUGAACGCUGAUGAUGUAAUGUGUCUUUGCAGAGAUACUGCAGUCAGACCGACCCAACCUGAGGAGGACACAGAGCGAGGAGACUCCCAGUACAGCUGCAUCUCACAGCAGGUCAGGACACACGCAGAUACACAUGGACACUGUUUCCUCCACGCAGCAAGGACAUAACAGGUUUAGAAUGCAAAAUGAAGCCUAAUAGACAAACAUGAAAAACUAAGCUCCCCAGUCCUAAAAAAGUGCUUUUCAUGGACUCUCUGUAUACUGCUCUUCACAAAAAUUCCCAGUCUCAUCGCUGCCAGCCUUUCCUAUCCACUGGAGCAAUUGCAAAAAUCUUGAUACCUUUUUACCAUAAAAACAGAACAGACCAACUAGAAACAAAUGCAUGUUUAUGGUAAAUGAGUGGUUGUGUUCAGAGACAACAAAGAAGAAGAGAGUAUUUGUUGUCGUAUGCAAAAGAAUUUGUCUUGAUUGACAUUUAAAACGUGAAAAAAAGAACCUCAUACACAUCAUGCAUCACAGGAGCUUCUUGUCCUCAUAAAAACCGUCACAUUUCAGGAGUGAACCAUUUCGGUCUUGAAUUUGACGGCUGUGAAUUGCUAAUUACUCCCAUUUCUUCACACUGUACAUUAAAGUUUAUUUACAUAUAAAAGUGAAAGAUAAAAAUACAGAAAAGUGUCUGAAUUAUAAUUAAAGAAUUUGAAUUUAAUGAGAGUGAACAUUUAAGUUUCUCAAAGACUAGUCAAAAAUUUAUUUAAAGUAAAAUUUCUUUAUAAGAGGAAGAGAUCUGAUCAACCAAUUCUGUUUAUAAACAGUAAAAAGUAGCUGACGUUCAAAGGCAGUGCCCAGUGAUCAAAAUGGGUAUGUGUGCAGAUAAAAUUAAUCUGCAAAAUACAUACAGUGGUGUAACAGGUAAGUAGGAAUAGGAACAGUUUAAAAUCUUAAUAAUAUUGUUAGAAGAAAAAAAAAAAAGAGUGUCUCAGUUUGUGCGUAUUUCUUUUUGACUCCCCUGGUUUCAUCCUUCUGCAGAUAUUGUGGUAUAGUAACAAAAAGAAAAGCAUCGUUAAAGUUGUGUAACUGUUUUAUUAAGUGUUGUUUGCCAAGCGCUUAUACCAAAGUCUCGUACUUAAAGCACGAUUGUAAUCAAAAUAAAUGGGAGAAAGAAAAGAAAAGGCCGGAGUGAUGGGAGCCUGUGCCAGUGUGGUCGACUGAAGCACUUAUGCAGAGUGCCAGCAUGUUAUUCCCCCCUGAAUGCGGUUUCAGACGCUGCUCCCCCGGAUAGAGUGGUAGUGGGAUAAUAAAUAGUGGAGCAGACUGCAUUUAUUUCAAAGCGCUGCAGAGGGGGUGCAUGGGGUCAGAUGGUAUUUCCCUCUAAACAGUGCAGGGGGGCAUUAAACACAGUUCAGCCAAGAGUGCAGACCGCCUCUGUCAUGGAACAGCAGUCAACGUCUCCAUCAGACACCGCAGAAAGUGAGAGGAAGAAAGGGUUUUCUGUUGGUCUCCCAUGACGAGCAGCUCAAUGCCCACACACAAAAACAUCUGUCAGAGAACAUAGAUGGCCAUCCGGAAAAAUCCUGAAGAUGAUAAUACUAGGGUUUAUCUUUGGGGGGUAUGGAUAUAUCAAAUGUGGUGAUAACAAAAUAAAAACAAAUGUGAUGAAACCCCUUCAGCUUGUAGAUGAACGUAAGAUUUAAACAUUUUUGACCAGUUUCCUUCUGUAUAAUGUGUGCCGUCUUCUUGGAAUUUGCUUGUUUCCAACUACAGCCCCAAGUUUUGAUAAAAACAGAUUUUGAUUGUUUAUGAAAUCAGUCACACCCUCUCUUUGAUCUAAAACAGUGAGACAGUACAUCAAAUUUCAAACUGAAAAGCUGUGGUAUUGUUUCUGCUGUGCAUUUGGCAGAAGACUGCUAAAGCAUGUAGUUCAACAAUGGAUUAAUGUCAUCUGGGCCUUAAUUGGCACUGCAUUAAAAAGUGACCUGACUCUGCUCAUGGAAAUCGCUGCAUGGGCUCAAAACCACCUCUAAAAUCCAUUGUCAUUGAAUCCAGAAAAGUCAGCGACCACACAGAGCCCGAGCACAUUUGGAUGUACAGAGGAGAGGUGGAAAACUGUCCUGUGGUCUGACAAAUGAAAAUAUGACAUUCUUUUAGGAAAAACGCUCCUCCGCUCUAAAGAGGAGAGGGACUGCUGGGUUUGUUAUCAGCACACGGUUCAAAUGUCGGCAUCCUUAAUGAUACCAGGAGGAGUAGUUUACACAUCUGGGAGGGUACCAUGUAUGCAGAACAAUAUAAACAGGUUUUAGAAACUGCCAUCUAGACAACCUAACCCUCUCUCAGGGAAGAUCUUGUAUAAUACAGGAAGAAGAUGCCAGACCACACUCUUCAUGUGUUAUAACAGCACAGCUUCAUAGUAGAAGAGUCGCAGUGCCAAACAAGCCAGCCUGCUGUCCCUGAACUGUAGAGGAGCAGAAAUCCAAGAAUUGGGCAGCAUUUCACUUUCAAUUCAGAAACUGGUCUCCUCUGUUUCCAAACAUUUAAAAAGGAGACCUUAAAAGAGAUUAAUUUUUAAUUUCAGAAUUUAAUUUCCCUGAGGGAAUCUUCCCAAAAGGGUAAAUGAAGUUGUAUCUAAUCUAAUAUCAUAUAAUCUCAUUUUAUUUGAUGCAACACAAUGGCAACUUUUUGAAACCUGUUGCUGGCCUCAGAUUUAAAACGACCAUAAAGUUUUCUGAAAACAAUAAAAGAAAGUGAAUUUCAUCAUUUGAUGUUUUUUUCCCACCUAAUUGGUACCAUAAUAGACUGGGUUGAAAUGAUUUACAAACCAUCAAUCUCUAAUUUUAAAAACAUUUUACCCAGCAUUCCAUCUUUUGUGAGAUUAGGGUUGUAAUUCAUUCUAAUGUGAUGAUGGUUUUGGUCAUUUAACCUCUAGAGAACAAGAAAAGGGCGAGCUGAUCUUAUGAAGGAGCCGCUCAGCCAGCUUCUUGAGUAACCCUGCAAAAGAAUAUCAAUCAAACAUAUUUUGUCAUAAUUAUUCUUCGGUCUAUUUUCUCCAUCUCUUGCUUUUAAACUCCUUUGCAUUUGCUUCUGAAUGAAGAAGAGCUUUGUGAAUAAUUCAGCUCCCUGUAGUGGCCUUGUCCAGGACAAUGAAUGUUGAUUGCUGCAGCUCAGCUCUCAGCCUCUCCUGGUAUUCUGUCCUCCACAGAGAUUCAAAGAAACACUUGAGUUUUUUAAGUCAUCAUGUAGCUGUUUCUAAUCUUUUUUGAUGGAGGAGAGAGAGGAAACUCACAGACAAUGUGGCUGUUGUUAGAAACCCUGUGAGCUCCAACGCUGAACAAAUUAUUACCUAAAAUUAGGGCUUUUGUUGCUGGUGACGUCUUUCCCAGCAGAUCCUCUUGUGUGGUGCUGACAAAAGACUGUCUGAGAGUCACUCAUUUGUGACUGAAGAACUGCCUUACUUAGUAUGUUCAAAGGUUUUAACUAUCUCUACUUAAAGACAGUUGACUAUAUCCCUUCCCAUCAGUGCACACAGUUAGCCAAACCUAGAGUCAACAUCAGAUCCUCCUUUUGCUGCCUCUUCUCUUUAUUUUGGCUCAUGAAAAACCAAGCAAAGCCUCUGGUCACAUUUUUCUGUCCCUGCUGGGUCUCAGCAUUCCUUGACUCUAAAGAGGGAAAGCUAAUGUGUUUUUUCAUUGUAUAAAAGUUAUAGUCAGAAGCACAAAGUUAUAUUUUGUUUUUGGAAAAAUCAGGGUGAUAACAGAGGCAGAGAAGUAGACACUGACACCUCUUCAUGUAUUUUUGUGGGUUUUUCUUGUGGGUUUCGUCCUUAUACACUCGGGUACAUGUGCCAAGUCUGAUCCCCUGUGUCAGCAACAACAACAGGCCUGAUUAUUAAUAGUCAAAAAAGGGAAAAAGACUUGCAAAGAAUAAAUAGGAGACAUCAGUGCUACAGAUUUGUUUUUUCUUUCCGUACGGUUAAAUGUUGAUGUUUGGUUGUCAUCACUGUCUCAUCACACCUCCCUUCCUCCCACCUGGUUCUUCCCCUCAUCUCCUUUUCUGUCAUUUUCUCCCCUCAUCUGCUUCACAUUCACAUCCUUGCUCUCUGUGUCUCUGUUGGUAGGAAUAACCGGCACUCAGUAGGGGGUUCACAGAGUGGCUCUCCUGGCUGCCCCAGAGGGGUCUCUCUGACUAAUGGGGAGCUGAAUGAGGAGCAGGUCAGCGGACCAGGCUCAUCCGGCCGCCUUCGGUCUUCCAAGAAUCACGGCAGCCCUGGAAGCAGCGCAGGUACACGCUAAGUCUGGAUUUAUCAAAAUCUCUUGAUUGACGUUUCUUUUGGUAUUAAUGAUUGGAGGGGCUGGUGGGGAUUUCUGCAGGUAUUAUAUAUGUUUGGAAGGGUGGUUAAAUGUACAAUUCAACACAUGAAACAUAGUGAAUACAAGAUAGUGUUCUGUACUAAUAACUUUACAAAAAGCUCUAUUCUCUCAAAAGGAAGGACAAGUUGAGGCUUAUUUGGAGCCAAAACCUUACGAAGAAAUUGACCAAUUAUGGACUCCUUUUCUCUUCCUGAAUGCCACUACAGACUGGCUUUAACACAGACGCACACGCACGCACACACACACACACACAUUCAUACUAUACAAAAAUAUCUAACACUAUUCCUAUAAAUUCUAACAACCUGCUGGAGUAAGAUUUAAAUUCAUUUUUUUUUAUUUGUCAUUAGUUUGCUCUUUUCUCAUUUUCAUCAAUUUAAAAAAAUGUGUUUUCAAUGUCAAUUAGAGAAACACUUCCCUGACUAUAGGAUAUGAACAUUUAACAUUUUGCAAAGAUGUGAUUCUAUGGUUCAAGAAAUAAAAACAGUAUUUUAAAUGAAUCUCAAAUACUAAAGUGACUUUUUGUCCUGGGAAUCACAACAUCAGAAAUAGACAAAUGAGAUGGUUAAGCUGAGACACCAGCCUAUAAAUGUGUAAACAAAAAUUUCUCUGAUCACUUCCAUGUUUUUGGCUGCAGUAUGUAAAUAUACCUCUAGUCAGAAGUGUAUAAAAGGAGUAGAAAAGGUGAAUCAAGGUUUGGUUAUAACUUUUCUGGAUUUUUUGUUUUUCUUAGUAAGACUUGAUCCCAUAUUAUACAAUUGUAACUCAUGCAGUUUAAAUCCACACUCUGUACUUGAUCUGUUUUGAUUGUGAAAGGCUGAUAUCUGCUUUCUGAAAGAAACAGAUUUACAGUCCUGACUUUGAUGCAGCACCAGAGGUUUUGUGAAAUAGAAAUAGUACAGCAAAAAGUACGGGGGUCUAGAGUUCCCAGUCGUCCGAUUUCACGUCAGCACAUGAUUGAAGAGACUCAUUUCUUUUCACACACAAACUGUGAAAUACUGAAAAUCCUACAUCUACCAAACCAGAGUUAACCAAUUCUUCCUUUUCUCUCUUUCAUCCCUCUGUUUUUCUCAGACAAAGUUGAGUUGACUUCUAACGGUCUGGAAAACAGUCGAGGAGGCGUGGCCCGUCAUACUCCUCCUCCACCCUCACCAUCAGGGCGAUCCCCAGCAGCCAGCAGCAGCAGCAGCCCGUCUCCAGGUCAGGACGCCCUGGGUUUGGCUGGGCCAUCAGAAUCUGGCCCAAACACCACCACUAAUAGUGAACAAGCCAGCAACAGCACCACAGAGCCCACAACAGACUCACUCCCGGCAGGGUAAGAGACAAAGCUCACUAAAACUAUUCUACACGACAACAGAACAUCUGACAUUCAAUUAGAGGGAUGGAUGGCAGUAUACGAUCAUUAGUUCUUCCCUAAUGGUGUAAAAGCUACACAGUAUAUACUAUACUAAACUGUAUCCAAACACACAUGAACCACAAAAGGCACUGGAAUCAUUUUAUCAUUACUCAGCCUCAUCUUGUUGUGGUAAAAGUAGAUCUUCGUAAAAUCAAAUCAAUAUCUACAAAUGAUUACUCAGAUUAAAGACAUUGAUUCAAGUUUACUACUUGUUAUGGUAGCAGUAAGGUAAAAUGUGCAGCCUCGACACCCCACAAACGUUGGGGUACUGUAUGAAAUGUUAAAUUUAAACAGAGUCUCGUGGAUGGCAGCAUAAUGUUGCUCUAAAACCUGCAUACAAUGUUUACACAUCUCCAUACCUUCACAGUCAGGUGCCCUCUCCUCCUGAGAUCAGAGGACACUAUGUCCUCCAUAAUGGAAGCCUUAUUUUGAUCAGUCUUUCCACAGAACAGUUUUCCACUUCACCUCGGUCUCAUUUCUAUGGACUUGAGCCCAGAGAGGUUGCCAGUGGAUCAUGUUUAUCCAUAGUUUUCUCCUUGUUUUGGUUCAGUUAGAUCCUUCAUUAUUUUGCAAGGACAAACCGUAUCCAUAGGCAAUUAUUUUUGGAUGUGAUUUUUUAGGUUCAUGAGGCGAUUACACCUGAAACUAUUUAAAAUAAUCUGUGCUUUGAUGAAAUCCCCAAACUCCAUUGAAUAAAUAUUUAAAAUGGUAAUGUUUCCUCAUGUUUUUGCACCAAUCAGAAAAAUUACAAAACUAUUUCUCCAGUUUGUAUUCAUAAUGUGUGAAGUAUAAAAGUGGAUGCAUCACUUCUAUUCCCCUCUUUCUCUUCUAUGUAGCUGGGAGCAGAGGGUGUUGCCCCAUGGCAGAGUGUACUAUGUUGACCACAACACCAAAACAACAACCUGGGAGAGACCGCUGCCACCGGGGUAUGCCUGCUACAUUUUUUAUGUAUUUCCUGAGGUGAUGCAUUUUUUCAUUGUACAUGCACUGGGAUCAACAAAAGGGGACUGUUGUGUUGGGCAGCAUUUGGCUUCUAAAACCAGAUAUCAACCAGUCAUUGUCACUAUGCAUAAUUUAACCAGCAUUAGUAAAUAUUUAUCUCUCCCAGUGAAUUUGAAUUUGAAUCAAAUGUUAUUGUGUCUUGUUCUCUGGUGUCUUGUUGUGACAAACAGACCAUCACAAUAACAAUGUGAAGGUAAAUUGUGUUACCUGAAAACUUAACAUUCUUUGCGAUGAGAAAAAUCACGUGUGUACAUGUCCAACAUGAGUUUAAAACUAUCAGCAUAAUGGUGUAUCGACUAGAAUCCAAUAUCAUGCAUCCCUAUGUCCUAAAUGCCAAACAUGCACCCUUUGAAUUAAAAUGGGAGCAAAUAGAGCCUGACCCACGGUACAAGCUUGUCUGAGGUAUCAGUUUACAUAUUUUUAGUUUACCAUUCGAGAGGAGCUUACUCAGAGCAUAUAAAACCGAAGCAAAACAAAAAAAGAUCCUUGUACCAUUUAUUUAUUGAUUUUCAGAGUGUAUGACAUGAGUGACUGAGAGAAAAAGAGGCUGUUUUAGAAAAAGGUCAUACACACACACACACACACAUACACACACACACUCUUUCCCCCAAGCCUCCACCCCCCAUCUCAGUUUUUCCACACAAGGAACGAGAGUGUGGGGGCCCGGAGAACAAAAGUCCUUUCUUAGCGCCAUAUGUACUUCCAUCAACCACUAUGUCGGCUGCUGGCUGCUGUGGCCCUUCCGAGGAUCAAUUAGCAAACUAAUGCCAGGCUAGUACUCCAGAUGUAUGCACCGGGAACUGUUUAGAAGUUUGGGGGGCAGGGUGGGGAGACAGGCAGAAGAAAAUUGGAAGCUGAAAUAAUGAAAGCCAUCCAAAGCCAGACUGAGAGCAGCUUCUUGGACUCACUGCUUCUCAUCAAAUGAGUUACACAGAUUGUAACUAGUCCCUCUUUUACAAGUCCAGCCCUCCUGGGGAGUUGCAAAAUGUCAAAAAUGGUUUCAUUUAGCUUAGCAGUAGUAGGGCCUCUUGGGUUACUGAUCAUUGGUGCUUAACAGGACCGCACUUUUUCCCUUCUAUUCUGGUCUGUGGUUGCUUAGCGUACUGCUCUGUUAGAGGAUAACACUCACUUUGUGUCACUAUAUAAAAACGUAAAAGUUGCUUACUUGUUUGCAGACAACCGUAAUAAUGCUUUAAGAUUGGCAUUUUUAUGUUGCUAUUUCGGCUUUUUGGAGCUGGAAGCGGUUCUUACUGGACAAACGUUGGAGUGAGUGUUCGCGUACAUUGGAGUUGCAUGGAUGCACAGCCUGAACUAAGUGCAAGGGGAUUUCUAGACAAACUAAAGAAUUUAACUACAGAAAAAACCUUGUAAAGCCACCUCUUAUAAUUGCACCUCUUUGGUUAUAGAGUAAGAAGAUGGCGAAGAAAACAAACAUGUAACUUUAAAGAAGCUGUCAUCUCACCUUUGUGACCUGCUGGCUUCUCUUUUAGGUAAAAUCAGCAACAAUCUUUACUAUCAUGCAAGAGUCCUAUUGAUAAAUCAGUGUAUGAGAAGCAGUGCACAUGCAGCAGUGCAUGGUUUCUAUAGUGCAGUCCACAGCCAUUAUAAAUGUACAAUAUUUGCAUGCAAAAUUCAAAAAGAUCAGGUUCAGUGAUUAUAGCAUGAUGACUGCUUUUCAGUUGUUUUUGAUGAUAAAACUUUCCUUUAGGUUUAUUUUUGGACUUUCACAUAUCUUGUUUUGGGACAGGGGAGUGGAUAGAGCAGGAAACUGGAAAAAAAGAGAAAGGGGAACGACGUGGGGUAAAAGACUGCAGACUGGAAUCCAAUCCAGGACAUUCGCUAUAAGGGGUAUAGACUCCGUACAUGAGGGUACAAACUAACUGCUGAGCUUUGGUGCUGGCUUUUACUAGUGUAAGUGUAGAUGGUGAUAGUUAGUGAGUAAGAUGUAAGCCGACUGCACUAAAUAAAAGAGUAAUAAAUAAAGAUGCACAUGGAUGAGAUAGUCAAUGAAAUGACUGGGAGGAAGAGGUUAAUUUAGAUAGCAGAACCAAGUAAAAGCUCUUAGACACGCCAUUGUGGGCUUUGGUAUUUUCCCUGGCUCCAGUAAAUAACAAGCCAGUGCUAAUAUCAGAGUGAGGAUGUUUUUUUUCCUGUCUUUCAAAGGGAGCUCAGAGGCACAGUGGUCAGACAGACUAUCCCUCAACCUAAUGACUGCUUGUGUUUUCUAUCAUCCACACUGCUUGAGUGUCCUUGAGCAAGAUACAUUAACCUACCAGCUCCUGGGUGCUGUUGUAGAUCUGAGCAGGACUUCUGACCACAAGAGAGCAGAGUUUUUCCUUUUAGAAGACAACAAAGUAACAUGAGCUAAUCUAGUUGUUGUUGUCGUUCCUGAAACCUUCAGGGUGGUGAUGUUGACCAUGUGGGCUCAGCUCUCAGUGGAGCCACGAAUUCUGUAUGCAUAUCGGUAAAGGAGUUUUAUACCCAAGAUUUGCCAUAAAUAACGUAUUAAUGCAGGCAGUGAGAAAAAAAAAAGAACAUGAUGCGAUUGUUGCUAACCUUUUCUCAAAAUGACAUCUGUGUCUUACUGCUAAACUGAAUAUUAUGAAGUUCUUUCUUACACUUAAAGCAUCAGUGUUGAGGAUUUCAUCUCAUUUAAUGUAAUUAAUCAUGAAUACCCUAAUAACCAAGCCUUAAGGAGAAAACUAGGCUGCUGUGAAACUCUUGAAAAACCUGACGGGUCCACUCUAAAGCAGAUGUUUGGUUUGUCUGCUCUAGGCCCCUGUAGGAUAGUGUUCAUAAUAGGGGUGGGAGAAAAAAAUCGAUACAGCAUAGUAUAGCGAUAUUUUGACUGGUGAUAUAUCGUAUCGUGUCAUGGACCAAGUAUUGAAUUUUCAAAUUAGUUGCUAAUAUGAAGUCAAAUCUAUGAUAAUGGAAAAAUAAAAUCAACUGUUUGGCCAGUGAAGUUGGCAGAGGUGACAUCAUAGAGCAGGAGAAAGUUAGUGCAACAAAUAUAUAAAAGGUUAUAUAAAAGGCUACAUGAAAAUAAAAUACAGCCUAAAUAAACAUAAAGACCUAAACAUAAAGGAAAGACAAAUGCUAAAUUAGCUUAACAGUUGAAAAAAAUAUAUAUAAAUCACAAUAUAUUGUAUUGCAGUAGUCACUGUAUUUCAAAAUGUUAAAAAUCAAAAUAAUAUCGUAUUGUAGCCCAAAUAUCGUGAUGAUAUCGUAUCGUGGGGCUACUGGUGAUUCCCACCCCUAGUUUAUUAAAUACCACAGACUCUGAGGAAGUACUACAAGAGACUUCUAAUUCAGGUUGACAGGUGUUUUAGUCACAGAGGUUGACGGUCAGCUUGGAUUCUUUGUGAAGACAAUUUUUGGAGAAUCUGCACAAAAGCUAGACUAUAGCUUUCCUACUACCAGAUACAAUGUCACCUUUUCCUUGUCCUUUGGCUCAUUUUGAUAUUUUACAAACAAGACACCAACAUGAAUGUAAAUGCAAACUAAAGUUUAGAACAUUUUAGCUCUUUGCGUGGUAUUCGGUCAUUUUAAGCAACAAAUGCUGUGUAUAAUUUUGCUGACACAAUAAUGGCUGUAAAGUUUGAUAUUUCAGCUCAGUGCCUUCCUUCAUCAAACACAGUGUGUGUUUCAGUCAUGUUGACCAUAGGCUGCGAUAUUAUACAGUGAAGAACUAUAUGAGCUAAAAACUUACUUUAAGGACACAACACCAUUUGAUUCUUUUUGUUUGACUUCUGAAAACUAAAGAUUGUCCAAAAAAAACAGCCAGUAAGGCGGGGAGCCCUGCAGUACUGUGGACAGUAACCAUAUGUGAGCUGCUAGUAUCCUGUAUCUCAGAAAUGUCCUGAAAUACAGUUUUUACCAAGUUCCACUCAUGACUGUGCUCACAGUUUACACACCUGCACAACCAGGUAACUUAGGACAUUUCUUUCCUGCUCUUUAGCUGAUAUAGAAGAAGCAUCUCCACCCUGUUGUUCAGUCAGUUGAAUCUCAUUCUUUCUCUCCAUACUCUUGCUCAUAAAGAUGUCCUCUCCUAUGAACAGCAUGUCAUUUGCGCUGUCAGAGUCACUCAUUUGUUAGUUUGGUUGUGGUUUUUUCAAACUCUUUUUAAGCCCGCAGACUCGAACAGCUGAUCAGUGCACCGCAGAUAGAAAAGCACAGUCUGUCUGCAUCUUCAAACUGUGCUAAAUUAAGUGGGCAACAAAGACAAAGCAAAGCAGUGAAAGUUUAGCACUUAAACUUAGUUAAAUGCAUGGGUGGAGGUUUCUUAAAAUUAUGUGAUGGGGUUGACUGCGUCUGCUGUGGUUGAUAGCCUAGCUCCCACACUGGGCUCUGGUGUAUUUUUGUUAGCGAGCGGAAGUGGAUGCUGAUCUCUCCUCAGAAUUCUGUAGUGCUGAAGUCACAGAUAUGAGAAUAGUAGCAGAGCUGCAGUGACUCCUGCUGAGCUCGAGGGACUGGUCUUUGUUUGAGGACCAUCUAUCUCAGUCAAUUUCCAGACCCCAUAUCUCAUGGGAAGGGCACGAUAUUCAUAGACCUUUGAGUAAUGCAACUGGCAGGCACUGACACACACCACAGCGCAUGGUCACUCAUUGUUAAGGCUGGCUUGUUUUCAAAGUAAAUAAAGUGGUAAGUGAAGUUCAGAGUUGAGAUAAACCUUUUAUAUUAGAUUGUGGUGCUGAUGAUGUAAAUAUGCACCAACAUGUUCCUGGAAAUCUGACUUUCUGGAGAAACAGAAGCAAAUUCUUACUGUGAGGCCAUGAUUGUGUUUUAUGCUAGCAUGGGAAAUGUUGUUCUACUUGCAGGUUUUCCCCUCUUUCCUCUUUUCCUCUUCCUCUCUCCCACUCUCUGUCUCCCUCCCCUUUCUGUUUUCUUUCCUUUUCUUGCCUUUGUUUCUUUUUCCUUGUCACUAUAAAUUUACUAUCUGCACUGCUUUUUAAUACAACCACCCACAUCCUUAAUGAAGAUGUUGUUGAAAGCCACAACGUCUCUCACUCCCCCUCUCUGCUCUCUGCCGUCCUCCAGCUGGGAAAAGCGCGUGGACCAGCGGGGCAGGUUUUACUACGUGGACCACAACACCAGAACCACCACAUGGCAGAGGCCCACUGCAGAGUCGGUGCGAAACUACCAACAGUGGCAGAGCCAGCGUAGCCAGCUGCAGGGUGCCAUGCACCAAUUCAGCCAGCGCUUUCUCUACCAGGUACUUUAUCUCUUCACCGUCCAAGGUUACACGCACACAGUAUGCGGGUGAUAAAACUCUGAGCUUUGGCAAAAGUGGCAAAGAAUUGGUUCACUGAAAAAGGUUUAUCACUGAAGAACACAUAGGCACUCAUACUAAUCAACUGCAACAUGAACUCCAUCGACCAAGUUUAGUUAAUGGACGUGUUGGGUUUCUAACCUUCGCCUGUGACAUUUAAUGAGGAGGGGAUGUUAGUGAUCCAGCAGCUGCAACUAAACACCAGUAGGCGGGAGUUUUACUAUGAAGCAAAUGCACUGUAUAUGCAGAUCUGAGAUCAGAGACUAUCAGCAUGCAUGUGUUAUCAUAAGCACUGUGUAAACAUUGUAAUACAGACUUAAAGCAGUUGGUGGGGCUUAGAGUUUGAACACGUUUUCAUCUCUUGCAUUGUUCAUUACAGUGCAGUAAGAGAAGAGAAGAGAGUUGAAACUCGAGUGAAAAUGGCAGACUUCCUGUCGAGUGUUGGGUGUUUUUUCAUAGGUUUAAUGUGAUGAAUAUACUUAGCAAUUUUCAUACAUGUCGCUCAGAAUUUCUAGGGUGCACAAUGGAGCUGUUGUAGCAAAAAUGGUGCACAAGACCAAAAGAAGCCAAAUUUUGCUUGAUCUGAUGCGUGUACAAAAUUUGACACACAUUUAGGCAUGCUUAAGCUGCCAAACAUGGAUUCACUGUGGUCAUAGAGGAAUGAUAAUCGUGCAAUCGAUCCUUGCACCACCUUUCAAUUCAUGGACCCUAAUAAGACAUGGCACCAGGGCCCCAUCUAGACUGAAGUGAAUAAAAAAAUAAUGUGAUGAAUUAAUACCUUAAUGUCUUUUGAAGAGCUCCCAUAAUUUUUUUUUCAAGCUCUGCCCCUUAAAACGUGUUCCUGGAGCUGUAGUUUUGACUGCCAAAGCUCAUCAGUAAAACUAAAAACAUGCCGUGAAAACCUCAUCUUGUAGAUCCGUAUAAAGAAUUACAUGUCAUCCUCACAAAUAUAUCAUGCAGUGGCAGCUGUAGCAGCUCUAGAAAGCAUUUAAAAGGGUAUCUGAGACUUGUUUAGUGUUUGAAAGUACUUCCCUGGGGAUGGUUUGGCCGUGUGUUUGACAGUCACUGUCCUCUCAGUGGAGCAGCCAAGGUCAGACUGCUGCCAGACAGUAAAGAGUUAUGGGACUAAAACAACAGAGCCUUUUCAAUGGAUCAUUGGUAAAACCAGCCUCAAACCCUUUAUGGGUUUCUAUUAAAACACCCCACCCUGCAUUUGGUGUGAGUGAUUAUGUGUGUUUGUUUGUCUACCAGAGUUUUAGGUUUUUUUCCUAACUUGUCUGGGUUUUUUCCCCUGUUUCACAGUUAUGUUUGUUGUCUUUCUCACUCUUUUCUUGUCUUGUCUUGAGGUACACUGCACCUGUUUCACUCAGCCACCCAUCUCACCCUCUCAUUGUCUGAUUAGAUGUAAAAACAACCCCCUCCCCUCUCUACCAGUCAAAAAAACUAAUCCUCUAUACUUGUAGAAAACUGCAGGGUUUUUUUUUGUGGCAAUAGCAUUGUAAUUCUUGCUCCAAAUGUGAGUCAGUGCCAACUUUCCAGCAGAAUUGAAAAUGUUAUCUAUCUGCUACAAGCUUUAGUCUCUUUACCUACCUUUCUGCCUUCAUGACACAGAUUUUUAUGUUACUCAUCCUCUAAAAUUACUUCAGGGCUUGAAUUACUUGCUGUAUAACUGCAGUUGUAGAUCUGUGGUCACUCUGAGCACAAUGUGGUUGCUGCUUCUUGUCAACUAGGUGACACUGUAGGUUUUUUGAUAACUGGACUUAUUGAUGUGUUGGCUCUGAUAAGCAGAUGUCGGUUUUGGAUCAUGGGGUACCUGGUUUGUUAUCUUAUUCAUUGGCAAGGGUCAUGACAUUGGCCACAGGGUUGUUGUCCACAUCACAAUGAAGAUGGUAAGCAAAAGUGAGAGAAGACUGGUCAUUUUAGGUUAUCAGGUUUGUUUCAUUCACCAGUUGCUAGUUCUCUUUCAGGAGAUCUUGGCAAGCAGCUUUUUGUCAAGUCAACCAAGUCAUUCUCUGGUUAACAGGAUGGCCGAACAGCUCCUUCCUCCACCUUAAUAUUUAGCAGCACACAUUUCACAGCUUUGAUUGCUUAAAGUUUUCCAACCCAUUGCUAACUUUCAGCAUUAUCCUCUUGUUCUGGCUCGAAAACAAUCAAGUACCAAACUCUAGGCUGCAAAGGGGUGCCCCACAAAUCAGUAGUUGAUAAAACAUUGGCCACAUCUGUUCAGGUGUUUCACACGCUUGUAUUUUUCAGACUUCAAUAUCCGUCCUUUUUACAUUAUAUGUUGAUUAUAAUGUAUAUCUUGUUCCAUGGGGCAGCUAUUGCUAUCAUUAAGUUUUCAAUAAAUGCAAUGUGCAUGUAGGAAAAAUUAACCCUCUGCAACCAUCUGGCAUGUUGAAUACGAAGUAGUGAACAGUACUCUUUUGUAAAGAGCUGAACAUGUGAAAAGAACUGGGGCAAGGUCAGUAACUUAUUGCUGAUUUAUUGUAUGCUGGCACCUACAUGGGCUCUUGGACGCUCAUAUUUUUGGACCUUAGUUAAAGUGAUUUUCCUCAUUGAUUAUAAAACCUAUGGUAUAAAUGCAACAAAGACGUCCUUCCAGGAAAGGAAAACUCACUUCGUUAUGUGAGCGACAGAUUACAAGGAUAGAAAAGCAGCUUCCAUUAAAUCAGCUGAAUCACUGCACUUUCGGUUGUGUCAUUUAAAACACAGAAGCAACGACCUUGCAGGCUGUGGACUUUACAAACAGAGUCUCAAUGACUUCUAAAUGUUCAUCAUUCACAGGUUUAUACUAAGAGUGAAAGAGGAGUGACAUUGAGGAGUGAGGUGGUCUCUGUAAAGAUGAACUAUUCACAGCUAAGAGUGUUGUGAGCUCAGAGACAUAAGGGCGUUUUUCUGUUGCGUGUUUACACCUUGGUUAGCCUGAAACUGGAUCAAUCAUCCUGCACUAGAUCCAGAGUUAACUGUACUGCCCAUCGAAAAAGUACAGACGUUGUUCAUGUUUGCUGACAUAUUUUAGUCAGGGAAUCUAUCCUUACCUGGUGCUUGUAUGCCGGGACAUGAACAGUAGUCCAAUUAAAUUGCCCCAUCAAGCUCCAACCAUAAAAACUUACUUUGUUUAAAAGUUUGCAGAAACAAUCCAGCACAGAAUCAAACAACUUUUCCAAAUCUUAAGGUCACAAAGAGCAUGUGACUCUAAAACACAUGGCUAAAUGUUAAUCAUGAUAAUAAAUUAAUGUUUUUUCCUUCCACCAGAUGUAAAACACACACUAUAUUAUUAACAAUGUGACAGAAACAUCCAAGUUUGUUGUCUCCUUUGUUUAUACUCGUCUACCCUUGUUCUCUCUAUCCUUCCCUCCCUCUCGCCUUGCUUUUCGAUCAGUGUGUGUGAGAAAAGCCAAUAGGCAGGUCAGCCCUCCUUGUUGAUAGUGGACUGGUCUGUCUUGGAAUGCCCACACAGCUUGAUAGCAGCGACUAUUUAUGGCUCCAGUGUGUGUGAACAAGGAAACACACACAAAAGAGUGCAUACUUAAACCAAGAGCACAGCCACAUGUUCUACUGCCCAACUUAACACGCUUACUACAAAAAUAGAGGUGGUUUCAAGUUUUAAUCACCGGUCAACUACAAUAUUUAUAAUGAUGAUAAUAAUAUCCAAAUACUUCAAUUUAAUCACAAAACGGGCUGAAAAAGAACUUCCCAUCUUACACGUUCAGAUCAUGUAGAAAUGCUAAAUUAUUGAUAAGGGGGAUGCUAGUUUGGUUGAGCAGGUAAAUUGUACGCCGCGUGUACAGAGGCUGUUGUUCCCAAAGGAAAGGGGUUCUUACAAGUCAUUCCCUACUCUCACUUCCCAGUUUCCUUAUCUGACCACUGUCCUGUCUCUCAGUAAAGGCAUGAAAACCUAAAGAUAACUAUCAAAAGAUGAUUAAGAGUUUAAAAAAACACAUGUAUGAAGCAAGCUUGUUUGUCAUAGAGCAGCACAUUUAGCAAUGUUACAGUAUCAGCAUUUGCACAUCGCUAAUUAUUGAUUUAAUACAAUGGGUGAAGAAGUUACUUCAGUGUUUUUUCCUCUCAGCAUGUGUAGUACAUUUCACCAGAUGAAGGCCUGUAUAUUAUUGGCCUAUGUUUUAACACUAUUUUGAUGCAAUGAAAUGGAGCUUUAGCCCGCUGGCAGCUAAUCAUGGGUUCAUUAAUGAGGAUUUAGAAAACAGUUUUAAAUGUUGGUAAUGUCACAUGUAAUGCUUUUAAUGACAAUAUUAUCUGUGGGUUUUUUGAACAAAUGUGUAGUCUUUAUUUUCUACUAAUACUAUUCAAUCAAGUCAGCAUCAAUGAGCAGAUCUAGAGUCGGGUUUGCUUGGAAAAAGCAGAACUAAGUGUGGUAAAAAUGAGGGAUGAGUUUUAUCCUGUGAGAGGAAAAUAGACUAAAAAGUCACAAGUUAUACAUUGUGUAGGGGACGAUUGCAUAUUUUUUAUUCUACAUGUUUUCCCAAAAACACUGCACAUGGUUUAAUUUCCUUAGCUGUAUUAAUACUGCUGAAAGAAAACAGAUCAUUUUGAUUUUUUGCCCAGACAUUAUGCUGCCCUGGUUUGUUAGCAGCACUGGUAAAUGUAAAUACGGUAAUUUAAUGUGAUAAUCAUUUAUGAUUGGACUCGGUAACUAAGGAGUACUAACUCAGAACAUGUGAAGAGUGAUCUGAAGAUGUGGUGGUGAUGUUGCCUAAAAUCAGGGCUUUAUUCAUGAAACACAGCGACUGUUGGCUCUUUUCAGAACCGCUGUACCUGAGCCUGAGCUUGUGUGGACACUUUGUACCGAGUUUUGUAACUUGACAACUUAUGGAAAACAUGGGCGUCCCUAUGUGGUAGGCACAUCCUUAAAGCUUCCUUUACUCAUAGACAGCAGAAAAUGCCUCCUACAUCAAACCCAUCUCAUUUAGUCAGAGAUAUGUUACCAAAAAGCAAUAAUCCAAAACAGAAAGAGACAAACAGCAGACAUGGUGGAGCUUCGAUUAUUAUCUUUCAUUUACACACCAACCUACAAAAACUUUUCCUGUUAAGACUGUUAAUCUUACAACUAGAUGACUAUUUAGAGGCAUGAUUAGAUUAUCUGUGUACAUUUAUACUGUAAUGUAUAUGUAUGUAUACUGUAUGUAAAUGUGAAUGGUGACACAUGUUGCUCUCUAUUCCAGUGUCUAUGUGUGUGUGUGUGUGUGUGUGUGUGUGUGUGUGUUUGAGUAAGUGUGUUCGCAGGGCGGUGAUGUUGAGUCCAGGUGCCACAUUUCUUUACUGUGCCACAUGACCACCAUAGAGGGUCAAGAAGCUGGUCGUCUUUUAAAUGAACUGUGCCCCUGUGUAUGAUGCCUGCCUGUAUGCAUGCACACACACCACACACAGACACACACAUGCACAUAUGUACACACUGUGAGAAGUCGUGCCCAGGCUAACUCUUGAAUGCGAGCACCAAAGUGUGCUGCCGUAUCAAGAGUUUUACUACUUGCGUGUGUGUGUGUGUGUGUGUGUGUGUGUGUGUGUGUGUGUGUGUGUGUGUGUGUGUGUGUGUGUGUGUGUGUGUGUGUGUGUGUGUGUGUGUGUGUUUGCAGAGUAAUUGCAGCUCGUUAAGAACCCCAGAGAGAGCAGCCUCAGUCAUUAGCUGCAGUUUCCGGCUCUCCCCUUUCUCCCCCGUCCUCGUCACCUCUACUGGUCUACUUCUCUUUUACCUCGAUUCUUACCUCCCCAUCCUUCUGCCUCCACUCUAGAAACCCCCACGCCAUCUUUUUACCCUGCUUUUUUCAGUUUUUACCUCUCCUUAUCCUCUGCUCUUAGAUCAGACCUUCUCUCAAUUGCCUCCUUCUUACCCCCAACCCCAACCCCCACACCCCCAUCUCCGUCCAUUUCUGUGCAACAAGGACUCUUAACAGCAGCACCUGAAUCAGCCCUGUGUUUUAUUACUCACACUCACUGAACAGAAAACUCACACACACGUCCACGCGCCUGAAUGUCACGUUUAGUCAUGUUUACACAUCGCCUGUCAGUGAUCAUGUUUCCUAAAAAGCCCUUUUGUAGGGGUUAUAUGCCAUGAAAGGACAAUGAACAGAAGUUUAGUCUGUUUUUAACGAAGUGGAGCUGUUUUUAUUUCGGUCAGAUUAAGUACAAUUUUUCUGCUUGAAGGGAGAAACAUUAACAAGAACUAAGCAGGUAAAGGAAAAUUAAACUUUAUUUUGUAACAGCAGUUACAUUGUAAAACACAAAUUAACACUCUUACCUUUGCUCAGCACUUCAAGAACAUAUCUGAUUUUUGGUGUGCCCAGCAUUAGCUUACCCUCUUUGAGAGGAGACUAAGAUGGCUUAUUUAACAGGCGGGUACAUGGUAGCUGUCUGUAAGGAGGCCAGAGACCGGCCUUAUCUCUUUACCUCAGACCUAAGCUGACCAAAAAUAAGCUUGAGUCAGCAUUUUCAAUAUUGAGCUUUAAAACUCCUCUUCAGAAACCAGCAGGUGACAUCACUAAGACUCGGUGUCUUUUUCAGUCUGUGGCCUAAACUCACAUCAGAAUGAUAAAGUAAGUGCUGCAGGUUUUUGUAACUCACCGUUUCCACUUUGCUCUUCAGUUCAAGAUGAAAUAGAAACAACUUUUUGCCUUGCCUAUGAACUCCUCUGCAAAUAUUACCAAUAACAUAUCAAAAGGUUUCAUGACUGUGUUUUUCUCUCUACAUAAAAAUUGAUGGACUACAGACUUACAGAAAUUUUUAAAUAAAUUUGGUCGGUUUUGGUUUUUUAGUAAGUUUUCAUGGGCAUGAACGCGCUAAUGAUUUGUGUAUUUGGCAACAGUUUGUUUUCACACAGGGCAAACAUGAAUGAAUGGACAGAGGAGAGUGUUAAGAAGAAAUCCUUUCAUAGGGACGGUGUCAGCAAAAAUUAAAAAAUAAAAAACUGAGCAUGCACCAUUUUAAGGAACUAUAGUUUUAGUCAUUUGCUGUGAUUUGUAGGUAUUACAGAUGCUAAAAUGUAGCAUUUUCCUGCUCUGUGAUAUUUACUUAAAAGUCAAUGAAAUCAGACAGCAAAGUAGAAAGGUGGGAAUAAUCAGCUUCUUUCAUUGAUUUACUUUCCAAAACAAUCAUUACAGUUUUAAAAAAGGCUUUUAGAAAUACAGACUAUGCAUAAAGACUGGUGUCUUUUAAUAUGAGAAACAGCAACAUUAUAGGUUUCUGUUAUUUCAUCCCCUGCUUGGCUAAAUCAGUUUGAACACACACAUGAGCUGCCAUGUUUGAGCAUGCUCAAAUGAACUCACUGAACUCAAACACAUACAGAUUCAUCUUUCUGCAGAUGUGGAACACAAACAACCUUAAAAACAGAACAGUAAUGAAACUGUGUUACAGAUGUAUGUAUAAAUAGUCUGAGGAGAUUCAAAACAGCUUUGUGUAUUUUGUGAAGCACACUAGUGAAAAUGGAAAAGAAGUCCUCUUACAUGUUAAACUCAACCAGCUGAAAAAGCUUUUGUCACAAGUGUUGGCUGAGUUUAAUGAAAGUCAUUUUUCUGUCAUACUCCAUCCAGAGAUCCGUAACACCCCGCCAUUAUUUAACUGGUUUCUGCCAGCGUGCCGCUUUCUCCUCUCUUCCUCUCCUUGCUUGUUUUCUCAGUCUGUCUUUCUUUUCCUCCCUCCAGCCUCGCUGUUUCUGUCUGUAAGCUGCUGAGGAGCUGAAUGGUCAGAGCCAGGAUGAAGUCAUCAUGUCUUUAUAUCAUUAUAUUCUCCUUUUACCUUUUUUAGUCACAGAAAGCCCAUAAGGGUGGGGCAGCGGGGCAUAGAUUGGCUGUCGAUGGAAGCAACACACACACUCAAACACACAUAUACUCACACACCCUUUAACCCCGUUUUGUGCCCACUCCCGCUCCACCAGCAGGCCCAGUCCUUUCCAUCUCGACUCCCUCACAGUUUCCAUGACAGAGCCAUUUUAAAUGGGCACAGUCACAUUUCUUUUUGGGAAAUGCUGUGUAGAGUGACGUUGACAUCCAGUGGAUAAUGCUCGACUUUAUUGCUUCUUAGAAAAUAAUCAUUGCUUUGUGGUUUCAGUACAGAAAAAAUUCUCCUCAGUUAUUAAAGGUCAAGGGCAACAGGAGCUACCUGUGAAGCCACCAACCAUACAUGAAUAAAAAGGGAAGCUCCAAACUAGCACUGUUUUUAUCUUUAGUUUUUGUUUGUUUUGUGUCUAUUUUAGGAUUUUCUAGACUCCACAUUGUAAUUUUAGCCAUGCUCUAAAUUAUUAAGCAUCUCACAGUCAACCAAACAAUGUGCAUUCAAGGUUCAGCAAUACAGUGCAAACAUCAGCUCCGCUUGUUUUAUGGAAGCGUUUAGCUCGUUUCUAAAUCAGGGUUCCUUCAGUGUUUAUUGUUCACAAGGUUUUUAUCAAGAGCCGAAUUGACCACAGCGGUCUCCUCCUCUCCAGCAUAAACAGACCCAGCAAUAUAACCAGAGAGAACACUAAAUUAAGCAGUUUCUGAUAAGAAUCAGUUUCUUCAACCCUCCUCAGGAAACAGAGUUUAAUGUGGUGAAGCUGUUGGCUAAGCUGUUAUGUGUGUCUAUCUAACAUAUUGAAUAUCUCUAUACUUUUCCAAAUUUUGCUUAUCUUUGGCAGAUUAUGACAGCAAACUUUAUUAUGGUUCCACCUUGAACUUUGUGAUGUACCUGACAUACAAGCACUAAACUGCUGUAUGAUGCUCAAUGUUAGAGCACCUGUGAGGUGUCUUUAGACAUGUAUGACAUGGACUGGUAUUCAUAUUGAUGCCUUUUUAUGAUAUGCAAAAAUAAACAAGACCAUCAGCACCGGUAUUUUUUAAUUUUUAUAUUAUGAUUUUUAAUGCCUAAAACCAGUGCUAGGGGGUAGCUGAAGAUGUGGCCCUGUUUUUACAUUUUCCACAGUAAUUAUUCACAAUAGAUAAUACUGGGGCUGGGCGAUAUACCCAAAAUUUACAGAUACCGAAAUUUAUGACAAUAACUGACGUCAUUUUGCCCAUAUCGGUAUAUUCGGUGUCAAAAUAAAUAAUUAAUUAAAGUUGGGUAUGGAUGCAUGUAGGUAGGCUAUGGUCUCAUGUCCCUUGAAGAUACUGUCCUGUGUCGAGACGUGACUCCACCUCGUCCAGUCUGUAACAAAGAGGGAAAGACAGGUGAGGACAAAGACAGUGUCUGAAGCGAUGGCUGAAGUAAACAAAGUUAAUGUGGGAGGGGGUGAGCAGCUUGUGGAGUAGUUAUCGUCCAUUUAUCAUUAUCGAGGUGAACUGCUCAAUAUAUCGUGAUAUUGAUUCAAGGCCAUAUCGCCCAGCCCUAGUUAUAAAUGAGGCUGUCAAAAGCCAACAGAAUAUAUAUAUAUAUUUUUUGUCAGACAGAGCUAGUUAAGCACUUGAUUAGACACAACAUAAGAAAAAUUAUUUUGUCCACGGGGGCACCAAAAUUGACACGAGUUAAAAGUUCCUCACUGGAGCUUCAAGCUAAAAAGUGUCCUAAGCUUAUUAUCAUAUCAACUGGGUAUGCCUCAACAACAACCCUGUUUAUUUAGUAUGAAGAAUCUGCAAGUACCAAGUCCCAGUUGAAUUCAGCUGCACACCUCCUUUUUUGUUUGUGACUUUUGGUUUGUGCCAUUUCUGAUGCCCCGUGACGACUAAGCAGUCUCUGCUCAUCUUGUCCUCUACAUGUUUCCUGCAAAAGAUCAUGUUAUGCUGACUUUUGAUAGUUAAAUGUUUUUUUUAUAUUCAAUUUUAAAACCAGGGCUGUUUCUUCAGCUGCCCGACUGACACCUAAACCCUGGUAGUUAAUGCCAAGUUAGUAGCAUGUUUGCCCAACAUUAUGCUCAGUUUACCACAGCAGAUCUAAGUAUUCAGGCUGAGACGGUUUGCUCCAACUGUCCAUCUCUUGCAUCAGCUCUGAUCAGAUAGUCCAGACUGGGAUUGGUCCAUCUCCCAAUAUCAACAGAAAUGUCCCGCUCAUCUUUUGUGUGGGUGUCCACAAUAGUAUGUGUUGACAUUAAAUGGGCUGGUGCACCGUCUGACGGGGCAGUGGAUGAUUUAGAAGUUGUUUUCAGCACACCUACACUGACUCUGUUUGAUGAACAUCCAUCAGCAGCCACUAAUCCCCAACAAGCGUCUUUUCAGCUACUUUUCCACUCAAGGUAAUGUAUUCAUGUGUGUGUAUGUGUGUUUUCCAGUAUAAGAACAUACACACAGACUAUUUGCCAUAGACAAUGUUUCCACUCAGUAGCACACAUACACUCACACACACUUUUUCAGUGUGUGUGAGUGUAUGUGUGUGUGUGUGUAUGAGCACAGGCUGAGUAAACCUCUCAGUGGUUUCCAGGCCCAGGGUGAAUAAAGGUGCCUUUUGUCAGGCCUGGGGUGGGUUGGGGCAGCCAGAGAGGAGGCGGGGUGGGUGGGGCGGGGGUGUCCAGUCUGGAACAAGCAUGAAUGUUCCCUCAGUUCCCUCAGACAUCGCACUUCCCUGCCUACUUUCACAGCAGUGCUAGAAGAGAGCAAGAGAAAAGAGGAGGAGGAGGAGGAGGAGGACCUCAGGGUGGGGUAGGGAGGGGUGCCAGGGUGGAGGUGGUUGAGGAGGAGGUGGGGUGUAUCCGAGGAGGUGAGCGGGAAGCAGGGGGAGGUGGGGCUUGUGUCCAGCCAGUGAGCUCAUUGGAACAGCGUUGUUGUUUUAUCCUCCUACUGAGCGUGUAGUUUUUGGAAGGCAUACGAGCCACCAGCCGACCAGCUCCCUCAGUCGCCCCUCACCGCCGCUGCAGAGAGGAACCACCCCCCACCCCCUUUCUGCCCUGCACACACACAUCCAUGCACACACUUCAGCCAGCCUGCCUUACCCACGGGUUGUUGUAGAGAGAUAACCAGGUCAAGCAAAAACCUGGUUGUCCUGAUUCGGGACAUCUUCAACAUUUAGUUUUUAACCUCAGCUGUUUUUUUUUUCCUCACCUGCUGUCUGAGUUUCUCUGGAUUUUUUUGCUCAGCUUUUCCUUGUUCUUGUCUUCAUUUUACGGGUGAGAAAAGGAGCGGACAGAGUUUCAUACCAUGCAGUUCAAGGACAAACAUUCAAAACUGCGCAGAGAGGAGACGGACAGAAAGGUGUCCUAACUGGAUUGUUUCUGUCUUUCUCUCUGUUUCUCCCUCAGCCAUCCGGUGCACCGGUGGAAAAUGAUCCUUUGGGCCUGCUGCCGCCUGGAUGGGGUAAGUCUGCCUAUCACUCUUCUUCAACAUACAUCUUAGACAAAGCCACUCUCAGUGAGGACUACUGAGUGGUUAUUAGAUCAUUUUGAGGUUUGGCUUCUUCCUGCUGGUCGGAUUUUUCUCAGUCUGAAAGUUGUCUGUACCUGUUGGAGGUGUUGAUGUAGAAUAGAUCAGGUAGAGAGUCUGGCAGAAACCUCCAAAAUCCUUUCAAGUCUUGUCCAGGUAUAACUGACAGUAAAGCACUGCAACUGGUCCGGAUAUAUCCCGGGUACUUGGUUCAACCACUUUCCUUCAAAAAUGUGCUUUUGAUUCCUGCAGGCAGAGUUGAGGGAGUGAGGCAGCAUUUUCUCUCCUUCAAGGACUCUCUCCACAUUUUUUAAGAUUUUUCAGAGCUCGGCUGCAUCAGAAAAAUCUUACUUCUGUGGCUUUUUGUUUGUUUUUAUUUUCAAGCCUUUUCCCUUGCUCUCCUGGUCAGGCAGGUCAGAUUUUAAUUGAUUGAUUUAUCCCUCUAUUUGAAAAAACUUUAUUUCUGCUCAUUAUAACAAUUUAUCACUGUAUAAACUCUUGUUACUCUUUAGUCCACAAAUUACAGAGGCCGCAUAUUUAUUGAUGAGAGUGUUCAUCAUCCAGCAUUUUCUCAAUCGAGCAGUGUAAUCAGAUACACACCAAAUCACGCCGCACUCAUUUAUUCAUUCAUUCAUUCAUGAAGGAACACUGCUGGCAGCAUCUGUCCCUCCAACAUUUUCACAGACUUCAUCACACAGCCUCCAAAAACCCCACUCCCUCUGCCCAUGAUGCCUUUUCAACAUGCUGCGGUACCUCAAGACCAAAAAACCUCAAUUAUAUCACUGGCUCGGAUUCGCUUCUCUGGCGCUCUUUUUUUUUUUUUUUCAUCUGCGGUCACUUCCCUCUUUUUUUUUUUUUUUUCAAAAACAGAGAGAUGGGAGAAAAGAGGGUAAGAUGCAGGAGGAGGAAAAGAGAUGGUGGCAAAAGAUAAAAAAGGAGGCUGAGGUGAGGGGGGUUAAACUGGAUAGUGUAGUGGGGGGUGAAAGGGGGUGGAAGAGAAAGCUAGUAAGAGUUGCAAUGUGAGCACUACUGUUUCUGGGCCCUCCACACACUCCUGUUAAUGAGAAAAAGAUGUCUGAGCGACAGAGAGAGGAGGAGGAGGAGGAGGAGGAUGGGGCACCAGCUACUCUCACAUGAGACCAGUGGCCCACUAAAUGCACACACACAGACGAGACACAUUUUACACACCGUAAUGAAAUAUAAGUCAGUGUUUCCGGUGAAUCUGAUGAAUUUAGUGCAGACUGUGUUAUUUUUUGAUAUAAGAUGUAAAAUUCUUGCCCUGUUUUUGAUAUUUUAGUCCCAUCAGUCCCUUCUGAUUUUGAAACACUCCCACCACACUCAUGCACACUUGGGUUUACCCUGGUGAGGUAUUCCGAUCAGGCCACAGUGAAAUAUCACACACUCUUACUGGUUUUCUACCAUGGGGGUGAGAUAUUUUUUUCAUGCCAACGGAGAGAGAGAGAGAAGCUUAGAGGGUCCCUCUGAUCUCAGACAAAAGCCGGAUAUCUGGAGGUCCAAAGUCCUUUUUGUACAGAAUAUGUUAAUUUAUUCACGUAAUAAAAUCGAAGCUUUAUCGAAAUAGAUCACCUAAUCUUCAGCCCUGUCUGCUGCUCAUACAGAAAAGCCUCAUAUAUCAGGGCUAAUACACUAAAUUUCUCUGAAGACCAUCAUCCCAGAUCCCUGUGACUCACAAGUAUGUCCAAAAACUUAAACUGACUAACUCUCUCUUUAUGCGUCGUCCUCUUUUUUUGUGUCCACAGAGAAACGUCAAGACAAUGGCAGAGUCUACUUUGUCAACCACAACACACGAACAACACAGUGGGACGAUCCUCGGACCCAAGGGUGAGAUUAUAGAUGAAGUACUAACCCGUGUGUGGGUGUUUGCGUGCUAACGUGCGUAUGUGUGUGCGUGCGUUCCAGUGUGUGUGUGUGUGUUUGCAUGGCGCUUUGGGUGUUCGCUUCUAGUAAAGACGGUUUAAUCACUGUAUCAUAUCACAGAAGAGGUGGCCCCCAUAUUAUGAAGUAUUCGGUGUGUCCCGGAAUAUGAUUGAAAUCAAGAGGUUCUUUUUUCAUUUUUUGCAUUCAAACCUGCAAAAUUUUUAAAAAAUUAGUAUGUUUUUCUCAACACCGCUUCCCACAGCCUCAAAAUUUAAGCCUGUCUUCUCACCUCCUCUAUAACUCUUAAAAACCAAAUGAUGAACUUCGAUACUUUCCUCCUGUUCUUCAUGUGAUCAUUUUUCUGGAAUCACCUUUUUUUCUUUGGCAAACUCUUCAGCUCUCAAAAAUGAUUUUUUUACCCUCACCUCAUUCAUCCUGAUUGAACCUCUUUUACCUCUGAGCUUUACAAUUUUGAACAUCACAAGUUUAGGUCGCCAGUCUUUUUAUUCUCCAUCUGAUGAGCUUGCAGUUGUGCUCCUUAUGCCACCAUGAGCGAAAGCUGGAGAUGUGAAAUGCUAAAACCGACAUUUGACAGCGCCAGAAGCAUUUUGCAGAGAAUUUAUUUCCAGAAUCCUCAGACUCAUUUAAACAUCUGAACUGAAAACAACAACAAAAAAAAUUAGACUGCUUUCAAACAAAGAUGUUAUCAGUCAUAAUUUUCAAUGUAAAAAAUCAUGCGAAGAAAAAUAAAGUUGUUUCUUUUCUGGAAAUAAAAUCAGCAAGGACUUUUGUUUUAGCUUAACUUGAUUAAUAACGCAGCAAGUAAAGUUUGAAAGUUCUUCUCGGUGUGAAUCAAGCUGAAUGAUUUUAUACUGAGGUAGUUUGGAAAGUCUUCAAACUUUGUAAGUCUCCUCUAAACUGUAGUAUUCUUGUUAAUGAACUGCUCGGGUGGUGACAGAUCACUAGAAGUUAUAUUUUCAGACAAACUGCUUUUCUUUGAUUGACGAUGAGAAAGGAGAAGAGCUACAGCUGAGGUGAAAUGAGUCAUUUUUGACCCCUUUUGGGAGAACUCCUCGGAGUUCCUACUUCUGGUAAUAAAGGUUAAUUUUUCAAAGGGCCUCUGCUGCCUGUGGAGAAAGUUUUGUAGGCUUUACUUUCUAGUAGUCCAAGUGAUUAAAUGAUUCUAUUCAGAGGAGCUUUAGCACCACAGCUGUGAGUUUUGGUUCAAAGUCCAGGGCAGUAGAUCCACAGGUUGGCAGGGGGAGGUGUGUUAGUUUCAUCCCGAGGACGGGGCUGCUCCGGGACCGUGCUCACUGCCCCUCUCCCUGUUGCAGGAUGAUCAAGGAGCACCCCCUGCCUCCAGGCUGGGAGAUGAAGUACACCGCCGAAGGAGUCAGAUAUUUUGUGGACCACAACUCGCGCACCACCACCUUUAAAGACCCCCGACCCGGGUUUGAGUCAGGGUAAAUAUUCUCUCAGCUCAGAUCAUGAAAUAGGUCAAAGCUGUAACCUAAUUUCACUUCGUCAUCCUUUUUUCUGCAUCUUUAUCAAGUCCAUGUAAAAACCAUUGCUUCUCAUCUCUUUUCCCUUUUCUCAAGUAUUACUUUUAGCCAAGCAGAAUCAACUUGAGCUUGACAAAUAAUAUGGCAACCAACAGGAGUGAAAAUACUAUUAAUGCACUUCAUUGAUUAAUGAUAGGUAUUAUUAAUACUGGCACAUGAUUAACAGAAAAUGGCACUUCCUUCAUUCAUCCACAACCUAAAGAUAAUCACUUUAUUUGAUACAAGAGGAAAAAAAACUUUAAAUAUUAGGAUUUUAGAAGUUAGGUCCUUAGAAUUCUCAUUUUUUCUUGAAAAAAAAAAAAUCAACAUUAUUCAUCGAUUUUUAAAAACCUCUGCUGAUUAUAACGUGAUGUCUGACAGCUCAUCACUUUGAUAGCUACAGCAGAAGAAGUAGUUCUUGGCAGAAACUCAUUUUUAUCUUAUUAACAUGUUAUGCCAACACACUCACUCACACACUCACACUCACACACACUCACACUCCUCAUCCCCCAGCCUGUGGAUGUUUGCCUUGCCUUGAAGCAGUCUCAAAUCUCACCGCAAAAGUCAGGAGAAUGUGCAGAUGUGCUGCAGCAGAUCCACUGCAGACGGCUCAAGCUUGUAUGUGUGGUUGCUGAUGUUCGUGCCUUUUUGUGUUUGUGUUCUGCAUGUCUCGCAAGUGCGUGCGUGUGUGUGUGAGUGUGUGUGUGCUUAUCUAUACUGUAUGUUUAUGUGUUCAAGUGCAUUUUCAGGCUGCUUGUCAUGCUGAUUUUUGAACAUGUUUUUAGGCCAGUGUUCAUUGAAGGCAUCAGGACUCUAAACUGUUUUUACGCUAAAUCCUGCUGGUGUGUGUGUGUGUCCGUGUCUGUGUGUCUGUGUGUGUCCGUGUGUGUCCGUGGCCAGUGCUCUGCCGCUGCGGUCUCCAUUUCCUAACCCCAACCGAGAUGUGCCUGGCAGCUCAGCGAGCACAAACUCAACACAUUACAGGCCUCUCUCUUCUUCUCUCUCUCCUUCCUUCCUCCCAUUAUCUGUCUUUCUUUCUCUCUGUGUGUUAGCCUCUCCAGUGCUGACGAAGCACAAAUCCAGUGUGCGUGUGUGUGUGUGUGUGUGUGUGUGUGUGUGUGUGUUUGAUGUGUUAGUAGAUCUUAUACUAACACAGCUGCAGGCUGGGACUCACCUCAGUCUCUGAGACUCAGACACACCAAGUCCUUGUUUUGAACAAAGUGUCUCAUCAGAUUUUAAAUGUUAUUUUAAGUCUCUGAAAAUACAUUCCUGCGAAAACUGACACAAAUACUUAAUUUUUUUGAUGAGUCUGUUUUCAUUAAACAAGUUUCCCUUGUUUCUGGACCAGUUAAGAGUUCAUCUUUGCGCUCUUCUUUUUUUUUUUUGUGCAGGUCACGGCAGGGCGGUUCACCUGGUGCUUACGACCGCAGCUUCAGGUGGAAAUACCACCAGUUCCGUUUCCUGUGCCAUGUAAGUGCAAACCGGAGUCAGGAGCUCCAACAAAAGUCUUCUUUUCAGUACAAAAAUCAUCCUGAUCUUAAUACCCAGGUGUUUCAUUGGUGUGUAAAAGCUUAAAACACAGCAAAUCUGAUCUUUUGAAAACUGAUUUGGUAAGCCAAUUAUCUGGAUUAAGAUCCAAGUUUUAUAUUUGCUAGUGGGUGUAGUGGUCCUAACUGCAGAUUUUCCUCAACCAUAAAAUAAAGAGAACACAAAGAAGAAUCAGGAUCAGCAGCUAGUGAGCUAGUUGUAGCAGCCCUCACAGUGAUGGAUGGACACUUCUGAAACUUUCUCAGUGAAGAGUAAAAAAUUCAGCUCCCUGUUUUGUUUUUUACCUCCUUCUAGUCCAAUGCCUUGCCCAGCCAUGUCAAGAUCUCUGUGUCCAGGCAGACGCUGUUUGAAGACUCGUUCCAACAGGUCAGAGACUCACGAAAACAUACACAUGUGCUACAAACACACAAACAGAGUCUUUGUUCGGUUUAACCACAAUGAAGCAGUUUUCCACACACACGUCAUCAAGCAGCUAAUAUGAAAGCUCGUUGAAUAUCUACAGUGUUGUGAAUACAGUCUGUAUUUUGUGGGUGUCUGUGCAUCAGAUCAUGAAUGUGAAGCCAUACGACCUUCGCCGCAGACUCUACAUCAUCAUGAGAGGAGAAGAGGGUUUGGACUACGGUGGGAUUGCAAGGUGAGGGCCUCAGAUCGAACGCACUCGUACUCAUCUUUUUAUAUGUGUUGUCAAAAUUCUGUUUCCUCUAAUCCAAUGAUUACUUUUCUGUGUUUUUAAUGUUGGUGACAGUGGUAGUGGGUUUUUCUUACUCCCUUGAAAUUUUUGUAAAUCAUGAUUGUUCCUGAAUUUGUCUGAAUGUGAACUGGUGUGUGUUUGUGUGUGUGAGGACAGUGUGUGUUGUCCUACUGUUAACCCUGCAAUGUUUCCUUCUGUGUUGCUCCCUGAAAUCACCUAGCCAGUUCCUCCACUCAUCCAUCACAUCCACCCCCUGCGUCUGCCGUCCUCCUCCUCUCUGUAUCUGUGGUUAUUUUUCUGUUGGCGGUGUUUCAUUUUUUUCUGUUUGGUUUUGCAUUGUGUCUCUGUCUCCGGUGUCACGUCAGUGGUUUUACCCUAUGGUAGGUGACAUCAUGCUGUUCUACCACAGGGUAGAACCACGGACGGGAUGUUGGGAGGUGUCUGCGUCCGUCCGUCCGUCACUCAAUCCAUACACCCUCCCUCUCAUAAACCCUGAGGGGGAGGCAGGGGGCCUUGGGAGCUUGGUUCUGGUUCUGCAGCUGGUGGUGGUGCUGCUGGUGGGCCCUCAUUCUUUCUAACAGUCAUCCUUCCACAGUCUGAUUGUCUUGUUUAAUUCUUCCUUUUGUAUCUAUCCCUCAUGUUAUCUGUUUUGUCCUCACCUUAUUUAUGUAAACUUUGGGUUUGGGUGCACUUUUUUUACUUCUGUUUAAAGACCGGUCCAAAGUACAUACAUGACUAACUGAACAAGAAGAAGACUAGAUUGAAGAAGCAUGGCAGACAAAAGUGAUCAUUGUAAAAUUGUAUGGAAUUUUGAUUGGAUUUUAUGCUGUAUAUCAAUUUUGUUAAGAUAUUGUUUUAUUUCAAGAGAAGAUUUUCCUCAGUCUGAUACAUAAUUGGCUGAUCGAGCUUAUUACCAAACCUGUACAUUCAACGCAGAAGGUGGCAGUAUGUAAUCUGCUCUAAAGCACAGGAUGAACAGGCACAGCCGCUACAAGCUAAGACAGGAUAAGAGAGUUAAGAUGGCGUCACCUGUGUGGAUGAUUUUCACCACUUCAGAGUUUCAUUGCAAUUUACAGAAGGUGUUUUAAGUUUUUAGACUUGAAGAAAGAGGUCUCCAGGGUGUAACACAACAAAUCUGUUUAGUCGAUGAAAAGUUGUUAUUGCAACAAAGAAGUAUUAAAGAAGAAAUUGCUGCAGGUAGAUCUGGCAUCCUCAAAAAAUCCACAUCAUCCACCCACAGUUGUAACAGCUAGUCACUCGCUAGCCCAGACAAGUUAAGAGUGCUAGCACCAUAAUAAGUCAUAUAAACAAAAUGUUAGUGGUUAAUUUAAUCAAAAUUAAUUUGAAUGGAAACUUAAAUUAACUAUAAAUAGUUCAUCCCCCUUUGUGGUGCUCUUGCAGUCUUUUAAAUAUUGCACUAAAGUUAGAGGAAAAACUUCUAAGUGAAGAUAUGGGAUUGUUCAAGGACAUGUAAUUGCAUUAUAAAUAGUUACAUAAAACCUACAAGAUCAAAAUAUUCAAUGUAAGUGUAUUAAAUUAGAAACUAAAAAUGGUUUCCUUUGCUUUUCUUUAAUUUUCUAUCUACUGGCUGAGCUCUAUGUUUUUGGUCUCUCUAGCAAAGAUGUAUUUUAGUUUUUGUUUUGUCUGUAUGUCAUAUUUUCAGGUGAACUUCAUUAUAUUUUUUGUCUAAUUUGUUCAUCAGUUCAUUUUAGACACAGAUUGUGAAAAUGUAUUUGCCUGACUUACAGCCUGUCUCUGCUUAGAGUAACUCCACCUCCACUUGUCGACUAAUUUCAAAAUAAUUAUUUGUCCAACAUUAUGCCGUAUUUUUUAAUGAAAUGAUUAAACCCUGAAAAACUAACAACUGCUUCCUGCUGUCAUCAUUGAGUCACUCAGCAUCACAUUUUCCUCUGGUGUGUUAAUGUCUUCUGUCGUCUCCCUGCAGGGAGUGGUUCUUCCUGCUGUCCCAUGAGGUGCUAAACCCCAUGUACUGUCUGUUCGAAUAUGCGGGCAAGAACAACUACUGUCUGCAGAUCAACCCAGCCUCCUCCAUCAACCCCGACCACCUCACAUACUUCCGCUUCAUCGGACGCUUCAUCGCCAUGGUGAGAUUCACUUUGUUGUUUUGUUGAGAACAUAUUAUUGAAUUUUAUAUCAUUUCAAAACCUGACCUAAACAGACAGCAUGAGUAUUUCCUGAUGUAUUUUCCUGUCAUUCUGUCUCACUUAUUUGAUCUUCAGAAAGAAAAUUCAGUCUUAAACACGUUUGCCAGGAAACCUGUUAAAAAAACGCAAACAAGUGUCUUUUUAGAUUAAUGGCUUAGUUUGAAAUCACAGAAACUUCCACUUAGAAAAUGUGAAACUUUGCCAACUCUAACACCAUUUGUUGCAGUUACAUUAAGAGUUAAAGCAUAAUGUAAUGAAGGCUUUCGUCCAAGUGCGGGGAAGCCAGUUUGAAGUGCUAAUGUGAAAAAUGAGGUGUAUGGAUCAGGGCCUUCUUCUAUCCAGAGGAAAGAGUCUCAGGACUAUACAUUUGAGGGGUCUGACUUAAGUUUACCUGCUCAUCUGAAGGUGUUCAGAUGAAAGAGAAAAUUGCAGUUAGUUAUCUCCUCUGCAGGGCGUAGAUAAUAUGCUGAAGUUCUGUCCUAUGUUCAUGUGGCGUUCAUAAAACAAAGCAGCCAAAAAUUCAGUUGAUGUCAGAUUUUGAAACACUUGAGUUAAAAAAAUCGGCACACUGUCAGACUUGCGCUGUAAAAUAAUUUAUCAUAUUUCCAAUGAAUCAGCCCGCUCACACUUCAUCCUUUUAGAGGUAGUUAUAUCACUCUAUGCCAAAUAAAAGCCAUGCAAAACCCUCAGGAUCUCUAAGUAAAGCGUGUCAAAUCUAUAUUUUCAAAAAGCCAAAUGAUGCCACAUGAGUCAUUGUUUGUAAGGGCUGAUUAUCAAAAAGGAAAACUUGAGUGUAAAGUAGUCCCCGGAUCUCUGCAGUUUUCUUAUCAUGUGUUGGCUAUAGACUGUAUAAAACAUGAAUGUAGCCUCAGUGAUGUCGCUCAUUAAUUUCUGGAGCUGAGUUUUUAAGUCUUAUUGAUGUGGAAAUAUUGACACAACUUAACUUUUAGUCAACCUAGCCGGAGGCAAAGAGGUGGAGUUAAAAGCUUUUGGGCUUUUGUCACCAGCCUCAAGUGGACACUCAAGGGAACUGCAUUUUUUAGCACUUUCGAACUGGCUCCAUUUCUCGAAACUAGUUUCUUCUACUUGGCGUUGGCGAGUAACCUGAAGCCACUUCAGAUGCUGCCGCCACAGCCCUCCUUAAUCUUUGACUAAACUGCUGGUGGUCAAGUAUUUAGUGGUUAAUGCAGGUACAAAUAUAUGGUUUAAAAAGAUAGACCUCAAAGUCAGUCUGUGUUUAGAAAAUUAAAAGUCAGAAACAUCAACAUGGUUCAUUCAAGAUUGACAAUUAGAUGGAAAAAAAAUGUAUCUUUGAUGAGUUACCACGAACAACCCUUUAAUUUUCUUGUCAUCAUGAGCAGGUAAGUAGUGCGGUCGAUGCUGAAUUGCGGCUGGAUCCAGAUCCUUUUUUCCUUGAAGAAUUAGCAGAGACAGAAACAUUGUGUGUGCUGACACAUUUAUGAGGUGUUUUCUGAAUGUGUGUUUGGUGAAGCCAAGCUCUUAUUCACUUUCUCCCUAUUUUACUUUUUUUUUAUGGUCUCUAAUGGGGCGUUUUGCCUCGACUCGAAAGCCUUGGUAGUGAUGGGACAUACCGUAGGUGUGACAGGCGGCAGAGUGCGCUGUGACUGAUAUUAUUGUUGGUACCUCUGGGUUUUCACUGCAUACAUGAUGUACAGUAUGUACUGUAAUGUCUCUUUCUGGGAUCACCUCCAAUAGCUGUGGGCCCCAAAACCGACACCCUCCACCCCUCCUUCUGUCUGCCACCCCACCCCUCACCCACACUAUGACCUCACUGCCGCACCCAGCCCACACCCGGCAGCAGCCACCUAUAUUUAGUUCUAAAAUGCUCUUUGCUGACUGUCCUAGUAAAGAUGCUUGUGUCUGCCGAGUCUGAAAAGCUCUCUGUAUCUCCACUUCUUGCUCUUUUCUUCACCGUUCUUCACUUUCUGUCUUUACCCCUCACUUUCCACUGACACCCUCAGCCCUGUCUGUAAAUCUUCCUGUGUGUGUCUGUGUGUGUGCGUGUCUGUCCUGGCUGUGAGACAGACACAUGGUCAGUCAGGAUACAGUAGUACAGAACAGCCUGUGACUGAGUCAGUCAGUGGGCGUCUGUGUUGUUCUUGGCGCAUCACUGCUCUGAGCCCUCUGUGGUUUUUUUAACAUUAAACAGCUCCAUCUGGCUGAGACAACUCAUUCUACCCCUGUGUGAACGCUCACACUACAGAGACAUUAGGACUCGCUUUGAAGCUGUGCGAGUGCGUCUGUGUGAAGUGCACACACGGGCCUCAGUUAGCCUGCUGUUUUGUCUCUGUUAGUCAUCCAACGCAAGUGACUGCUCGUAUUUUUUUAUAGGAAAAAAUAUAAAAAUACAAAAUCGAUCACCAGGGUCUUUUCUAGGCGUGUGCUGUGAAUCAAUCUGAAUACUCCAGUAAGUAAACUGUAAUAUAGUGUGUUGUGGACACAUCGUUUUUGUCUACAUUUUAAGUUAUGUUUUUGAGCCUGAAGUAUCCAUGUUUAGACAAGAGAAUGGAGCUGCAGAGGAGUGAUGUAUGAGCAAACAAGAAGUUAACAGCGGAUGAUUUGGCUUAUUUAGUGUAUUAAUGAUUCAUGAUUAUGAUGAUUAUUCAUGAUUAAUGAUUGACAGCUGUAGUAGUAAUUAGGAUGCUCAUUCUGAGGUGUAUAAAGUACACUUUCAGAGAAUAUAAACUUAGUGGAAAAAAAAGAAACAUCAACUCCCCAGAGAGGAGGGAAAGCUUGUCUUUGGUAUCGGUGCAAAAGGAACAUACAUCUUAGUGCACCAGAGAAAACCACACACAGUCAGCAACCGUAAAUAAAUGGAAGCGUAGAUAAUUUCAUUUUGCAUGCACAACAAUUUAAAACCUGAAAUACAGGCUAAUGCUGGAAAUAAACAUAAACAUGAAACCAGGGAAACACACUGAGCCUGAGGCUGCCUCAUCAGGGAAAUGGUUAGCUGGUUGUUUAUUUUUCAGGGUAAUUGAGGUUAGAGGGAAAGGCUGUUGUUCUUUUAAGGAAGGUUUAAAAAUAGGAUUUAGGAUCUUAAAAUCAUAGGAUGUUUCGAGCAAAAAAAGCCCCAAAUGAUAAAAGAUAAGAAAACUCUGACACCCCUAGUAGAACUAUUCAAAACCAUAUUACACUAAGCUUGAACUCAAUAAGUUCAUCUCAUUUUUGUUAAUAAUAAAACUUUAAAGUAUGUAGAGCUUUGCAUGACAGCAAACCACAGAAAAACUGGACACACAACACUUAAUCCUAAAAGAAAUACACAUAAAUCAUAAUCAGUCGUCAGAAAAACCAGACCUAACUAGGGAGACAAAGUAAUGGAGCACCAGUUGGCCCAGCAGUGUCGACUGAUUCCUCAUAUACUGUCAAUAUUAACUCCAGAAAUGAAAAACAGCUGUUGUAAGAAUAAUAACCACAGACACAUGAGGGGCUGAAAGCUGACAGUUAACAGAGUAACUCGCUAACCAGAGCACUGGGUUGGUUGGCAUGAUUUUUCUGUGUCUACCCACUCCAGGCUCCCCUACCCCACUGUGGACAUUGUGUCGCCAUAAUCAAAGAUAUGAAUAAUUUGUUUAACAAAGUUGUAAUUCUGAUGCCGACUAGCAAAGGCGAAGAUUUCAGAUUGGUUUUUCAAGUUAAUGCGCACGACUCUACUACAGUCAGCUGGACAGUAUCGACUCGGCUAACAAAUGAACUGAGAGAAAGGGGUCAAAGCUCAGAUUCAGGGAACUUCUGCUCUGACUUUGCCCUAAAAGAGGCUAUGCUCACUUCUUACGCACUGUUUAUGUCGGGCCCCCAGUUUUACAGAGCAUGUAAACAAGUCUGGAAAUAACCCGAGGCCGUGCGAGUCAUAGUGCAACGCAAACGUGCGCAAUUUGAGAUGCAGUGAAACACUUUUAGGCCAAUUUUUGGAGCCAUAGUCCUGCACGUAUCAAGUGUUUAUGAUACACUAAUCACAUUGUAGUUUUUCCCCUUAUAACUUCCUGUAUAUGAAAGCAGGUGUGGAGUUGCCAUGACUCCAGGAAUAGAAAGCCUAUUCAUGUUUCCUGUAAAAGUGACUGGCUGCUAAAGCAUUUCCAACACCUGAAUGGGCAUGAAACAAUCCCCAGUGAAUCAUCAGUACCAACGCUGAGCUCUGAAAGGAAUGUAUGUGCAGUUUGUGUUGAGCUAAUUUGAACCAUAUGUCACUAAAGGCUUUACAAUAACACUAUAGUCCAGCAGAAUAACAGCGGGGAAAAAACUCACCCCCACUGCUUUACUCAGUUAAACCCAGGGACUCAAAGCUGCCGUAUCAUCAGGUUUAGAGAACUGACGCUGUGUUUUUGUGUGUAUCUUUCUGGAUUAAGGCAGUGAAGACUAGAAGACCAGGUUUCUCAUUGUGGUCUCUAACGUAACAAAUCCUCUCUGCAGGCACUGUACCACGGAAAGUUCAUCGACACCGGUUUCACGCUGCCCUUCUACAAGCGAAUGCUUGACAAGAAACCCACGCUGAAAGACCUGGAGUCCAUAGACCCUGAGUUUUAUAACUCCAUCAUGUGGGUCAAGUAAGUAACACACCAAGAGUCCCCUUCUUAUAAUUGUUUAGAAGAGAAGAAAGUCUUCAUAAAGGACAUGAAACCAGAAAUCCUGUCUUGAGCAGGAAUUUUUUUUAACUCUGUAUAUAUAUUUAUAAAACACAGACUCAUCAAUAGCUACUUUUUUAAGUGGAAAGGCAGAGGAUCUACUGCUUGUUGGUUUUAAACAGAAAAAUAGGUUUUGUUUCAGCAUUUUCAUCUUGUAACCUCAUGGACAAAGGGAAUGUCAAGGGAAUCAUUUUAAUUUAUUUUAAGACAAACUGAAACAGAAAGCUAAGAGAGAUACUCAAUAAAACAAGUGACGAGAUCAUUUGAAACUCAAAAGUGGCUUUCUGUAAUUCCGAUUGUGUUUUCUUUGUGUUCAGGGAGAACAACCUGGAGGAGUGCGGUGUGGAGCUGUACUUUGCACAGGACAUGGAGAUCUUGGGGAAAGUUUCCACCCAUCAGCUGAAGGAUGACGGAGAGAAUGAACUGGUCACUGAGGAGAACAAGGAGGAGUACAUCAGGUGUGUUCAUAUGAGGAGUGAUAGCCGCUAGGACUGGACAGACAGAGUAGAGUUCAAAAAUAAAGAGUGGAGUCAGUGGUGGAGACUAAACCAUGAAAACCAACCCUGUCUUCCUCCCUGCAGCCUGCUGACAGACUGGAGGUUCACCCGCGGGGUGGAGGAGCAGACCAAAGCUUUCCUGGAUGGCUUCAAUGAGGUGGUUCCUCUGGAGUGGCUCCGCUACUUUGAUGAGAAAGAGCUGGAGGUAAGGAGGGAAGAGAAAGCGAAGAGAAGCACAGAUGAAAAAGCCGCUCUAAAAUGAAGUCCAUAUUUCAAGGUUUUAGCUCACAGUCAGAAAUCCUUCAUCAAUUUGUUUUGUUUUUUAAUUUAAAGAAAAACACAACAAUGACAGCAAAAAGAUUAACAUCCUUCAGAUGACUCUUUAACAAAAAAGCUCAAAGACACUUUUUUCCUUGACUUUAAUACCUUAAUAUGAUCUCAAACUGAAGUCCAGGUGAUCAAAAAAAAACAAACACUGCAGCUGGUUUUUACAGUCAGGCACAUCUCCUCUAACUUUAAGUGAAAUAAAUUCAAUAUAGUUCAAGACUGGAACAGAUCCAAGAAAGAAUUAUUGGGUUGGUGGUUCGGCUUAGUGGUCCAAGUGUGCACCCUAUCCUCCUAACCCUAGCCCUAACCCUCCUAGCCUCGACUUCUUGCUGCAUGUCUGUAUCUGCUCCCUGCUUCCUACAUUUCUGUCUCCCUCUUUAGCUGUCUUAUCUGAUACCAAAAAAGACCCAAAAUAUGAAAAAGAAAAUGCCUGAAGAACUCUUAGGGUUCAUCAACCAAAAUCCCUUUGAAAAGAUGAGCUUUAUUCCCCGUCAGGAUCUUGAAAUGAGAAGUGAUUUGUUGGGAAAACUGGCUGCUGAGCAGGAUGAGUAACAAAGAGUCUGUAGUCCGUCCCAGCUGUGGUGAACUGCAGUUUUUUAAAUGUCUCCUUGCACUGAUAUAUUGUGUUGCACAGUCUGAAUUUCCAUUGAUGAUGAUGAUGAUGAUGAUGAUGAAGUGAGAAAAGGUGAACAGGACUUCACGCAUGAACACAACAGGUUUUCUUUUCUUCCCUGCGACUUUCAAAGUCUGUUGACAUGAUUUUCCUGUAAUUAGUCUUGAGCUCUGCCACAGCCCACUCUGUGCUCUGUUCAGUGUGAAGUGACGUCUUUUCCACAGCUCUGCCGUCCAGCUUUUAUCCUCUCUUUCCUUCUCUGCCUCGUUUUUUACUCCUCCUUUUUCUUUUGUUCUCGCCACAUCGUCAACAGGCUCACAUUUGGCUGAUAGUAAACUUCUUUCUGUAAAAUGAUUGCAUGGACUAUCCUGAUUCUUGAACCUCAUGUUGCUAGCAUUGUCAUGAUAUACAGAUACUGUGGGCAACCAGCUGGAAAAAAAGAAAAUAAUGAAAUUGUGCUAGAAAAAUGAGAGUACAGUGAUGACUAUGUAAGUUAUCAGCUCAUAGAAGGAGGCAGUGGUGUUUGUUUUAUGUUGGUUGCUAACCUGCCAAAGACAGAGAGAGGAUGAAGAUAAAGCAGGAGCAGCAGUCCAACAUAAGAUGUUAAGACACUUUUAAAGCUGAGUUUCCAAGAUUUAUUGUGAAUCCAAAAACAAAGUCAGAGUUAGUGCUUCAGGGGUGCUUAUCGCUGAACAUCUAUACCUUUUAACUGUUCUUUUGGUAGUCAGUUUCUUACUACCUAACCACCAAAACCUGUUUAUGCAUCAUUUUCAAACAGAAGCACACAGGAAAUAACAUACAGCCUAAACACAGGACAGUAGAAAUGACAAAAUAAAAGCAUCAUUAACAAUCAUUUUUCAAAGAAGUCUACCUCCCAAAGACGUGUCUGACUCAGGGCUGGUGCAGUGGAUAAGAGAUAACUUUGACCAUCUUUAGAAAUGAACGAUGUUACGUGCUGCUCUGUCUUUGUCUGAUUGUUUUUCUUUUUUUCCCCCAAGUUCCCAGAAUUAUUAUUUCAACAUUGUGUGUGAUCUCCUGACAGUCCUAAUUCAUAUCACCAGUGUGUUAUUCAGAAACAAUAAGAUGAAGAAGUGUUGUGUUCCCACAGAAACCCAGCCCUCCUGAGACAGUGGCUAAUUUUAAAAUCUGGUGUACAAUCUCCUUCCAGCUGGACUUGAAAUAUCCUCUUUGUGUUUCAGCUGAUGCUCUGUGGGAUGCAGGAGAUCGAUAUGGCCGACUGGCAGAAGAACACCAUUUAUAGACAUUACACAAAGAACAGCAAGCAGAUCCACUGGUUCUGGCAGGUACAGACACACUCUUGAAUACACACACUUGCUUUGUCGAUGAGGCUGCUGUGUGUGUGUGUAUGUGAGCAGUGAAUGAUGGAGUUGUGUUUCUGCAGGUGGUUAAAGAGAUGGACAACGAGAAGAGAAUCCGUCUGCUUCAGUUUGUGACAGGAACGUGUCGGCUGCCUGUCGGAGGCUUCGCUGAGCUUAUAGGUACACAACACUGAUUCACACUGAUGGUAUCAUUGGUAUCUGCAAAUAAAGACUCGACAGUGAACUGAAGGUGCUGUAUCUAUCAUGCGGGUAGUUGAUGCUUGAACAAUUUGAGCAAAAUUUGAGUUUAGGCCGACCACAAAGUCUCACUCAGCUCGUAGUACACCAUCUGAUUCUGACACCAUCCUGUAACAGCUGACAGCUCAGAUGAUCAACCUAAAUGCAACCAGCUGGGAAACAUUAAAUUAGGUGUGUUUUCCCUCUGCAAUCCACUUUGAAACUUGCCUCCACCUCAGCUCCUCCUUUCUAUGCUUCGUCUGAUUUUAUCAGUGUCAUGUAUUCUCACUGGUGUCUGCUCUGAACUGCACCUCAGGCAUUUUGCUGCUGUCCUCCUUGUCUUGAUUUUUCAUGUAUGCACAUGAAACAAAGGGGAGGUAUGCUCUCCCCGCCGUGGACUUCAGCAUUCCACGUACACAUGUGAAAGGACAGGGACCCCUUAAAACUGAGUUAUACGCCACAUGUCACUUACUGCAUAGAAAUAAUUGCCUCUCUUUGAUUGAAGUGGCCGGUGACCCUGACUAAAGUGACAUUUACCCCCUCCAGGUUUUCUCAUUUCAAAACUGGCCUUUGCAUGAUAACGUGUCGUGUUUUGAUUUAUGGUUAGAAUGUAAAAAGUGUUGGUGUCAUGUUUGUCCAAAGCAAGGACAGUGAAAAGCCUUUAAACUGUUGUUAGAUGAGAUAACUUUUUUUUUCUUUUACCUUUGCAGGAAGUAACGGUCCCCAGAAGUUCUGCAUAGACAAAGUGGGGAAGGAGACUUGGCUUCCAAGAAGCCACACAUGGUGAGUUGCUGACUUGUGCAAACGUAGUACAGUAAAGUAACCAAAGGUCAAACGGAGACUCAUUUGCCUCUAUGUGCGAAGUUCUUUCAGAGUAAACAAGAUUUCUUUUAACAUUUGAUUUUAUUUUUGGCUCUGGAGGAAAAAGUUUAGUCGCCCAUCGUGACCCAUGAGUUCAAAGGUCCAUGUGAUACUGGGCCAUCAGGGCACACUUAUAACACUUCAGAGCUUUUUAAAGGAGACAGAGUCGCUCUGUUACUCCAGUCUGCAGUGAUGUUCAGUCACUUCACUAUUAAACUUUAUUACAUUAGAGCAAAUGAUUAAAUGAUGCUUUUGUCUGUCAUCCCACCCCUGUCUGUAACACCAUGCUCCCUCUCUCUCACUUAUAGUAAGUAAUAUAAGUUUCAUCAAUAUAAUAUAACCACACAACAUAUCCUAAUGUCCACAUUCUCUGAACACAGGCAGCUCUACGUUUACUCAUUAAAUGCAGCUCUUGCUGAAGUCUUUGCUGCUCUGUCUCUGUCUCUGAGGAUCGGACAUCUUUGAUUACUUUGUUUUGUUGAAAGUUUCUCCAAAUCACUGAAAUGUGUUCACUAUGAUGGACAAGCUCCAGCCUGCUGUGAAUUAUAUCAAAGUGCAGGAAGUAUUAAAAGCUCUUUACAGACUCCUAGCAGUGAAUCGAUCAAAUAACUGGUGUGUUUAUUAGUGUGUAACAACUUCAUCUACUGAAACGGGAGAACAUGACUUAAGCUUUUUGAAACCUCUUGGUUUUUUGUUUUGUCUGGUUUGCUUCUGUGGAGCUGGAGCACCCUCAACUCCCCUAUUCCCCCACUCAUGCAGUGGGAGAAUUUUACUUGAGCCAUUAUAAAAUUCUGGUAGGUGAUCAGAGGCUCUAAAACCGCUCACUGGCAAGACUCGGGUUGCUGCGUGUGGAUGAUGUCAUGAAUCCAGACAAAACAAAACUUUUCUUGCCAUACCGGGAAGAAUGAAGAGACGCAGUCAUGUGUAAAGACUGUGAGUUCACAGGUCUGAGUCAAACUGCCACAAAAUGAAACAUUCUUAGCUUUUGGUUUGAGCGCAGAUGUUUGGGACUUGAGAGGCUCCUCUUUUAUGUGUUGCUCAUGUUAACUCCAGCUCAGACAUCAGAGUAUGAACUGACGUUAUCUGCUUUGAGUAAGAAGAGUAAAGGGUUGUGUAUCUACUGAUGUUCAACCAAAAUACAGAACAACAUAACAUGCCUUUUUUUGUACAAAACUGUUAUUUCCCACUCUGAACAUACAGAGGAUUUGCUAACUGUGGCCCGUGUGUCUCCUCCCCCAGCUUCAAUCGUCUGGAUCUGCCGCCCUACAGAAGCCUGGAACAGCUCAGAGAGAAACUCCUGUUCGCCAUCGAGGAGACAGAGGGCUUUGGACAGGAGUGACGCAGAAUAAAAAAGAGAAAGAGUCAAUUAAAUGAGAUAGUUUUUCUUAAAAAAUAUCUUUUUUUUUUUUUUUUUUUUUUUUGCACUUGUUAAUCACAGGGCUGAUCAUCUACAGCCCCUCACCUGGGGAUGGAUCGUAUCUGUGAACUGAAUCAUGCGAUAAGGUUGGAGGAGGAGCAUGUGCUUACUCGUGUGUAUGAGUGUGCGGUUGUGAACCUUAUUGCCAUUAUGUAUAUGCAUAGAAGUGGUUUGUGUCUGUAAGAGUCAGAAAAGAUGGCACAUAGAAUUAUAUUUGAUGAGAGGCUCACCCCACACAGGUACACUUCUACCCACUGCUUAAAGAUGCACCAAAACCAGACAACAGGAUAGUUUAAAUAUCACAAAACAGCACAGCUUCCCUGCAAAUGCAGUAUAACAUAUCUACCAGAGAGUAAUACAUUUUUUUAAACAUUUAAAGUGACUGAGAGAAAGAUGGAUAAAAAGAGAGAGGAUGAGAGGGUUUGAAUGUGUGUCAGUGUGUGUGCAUGUGUGUGUGUGUGUGUGUCUGGAUACAAGAGGCAGUGAGAUGUUAUCAUGAACCAGUGCGCCUAUGUGACAGAGGCCAGAGAGAUGAGAUGUGAUUUUAUUUUUCAUUUCCAUGUUAAUUGUGAAAUUCAGCUUUUUUUUUCCUGUACAUAACUAAAAUAAAUGAGAUUUCAAUCUUGA